AUGAUGCUCGCCGGCAAUUGGCCGCGACGACGGCUCGUCGUCCUGGUCAUCGUGCCGUGUCUGUUGUUGCAGCUGGCGCGAGAAACGCAACAGGCGGUAAGUAGCGCCGGAAUCGGCCUAUACUAAUACCUAAUUAUGUUAAAUGCGAAAAAAAUAAAUAAACGCUUAGCCCCCGCGACCCUCCCCGCCAUCCUCCCCUUGUGCGGCGUCGAAAAUACAAGUCACGUCCCGGGAGAAUUAAAACCCCCCGGAAGAACAGCGGUCUGAAAAAAUACCGCCAUUCUCUUAAAGAAAAAUUGAAUUUUUUAUCGUCUCAUCGUGUUCCGCGUAUUGUCUACGCAUUUUCCGGGGGUCUUAGCGCUAUUUUCAUUUAAUCGCGGGUCGUUUUAGCGCGAUUUCAACGACCCAUUUGAGCGCGAUACGCUUUAGGCACCUGCAUAAUACGUGGUCGUUUUACCCGUCAAACAAGACGAAAAUGAAAUGAAUUAUCACCCGAUUCCCGUCGUCUACCCCAUCGGCGCCGCGUCGGAUUUGGACGAACAGUUUGGUUAGGUUUUCGUUAACCGGGCGGCUAAUCCGCAAAUACUGCAGACGUGCCGUUUCGUAUGAAAGAAUAUUAUGUCGUAAUAUUAUAUAAGUACUAUUACUGGAAUAAAACGCUUUCAAAAUGACCUAUUUUAGUUUCAGGUUGCUAUUAUAGGUCCGAUGGUCAUUUUAGGAUGAACAAAAUUCCGUCCAUAUUUAUAUCUUCAAUCGUGAUUUAACGAAAAUAAUAAUAAUACAAAUGCAAUUACUAUUAAAUUGUUGAUAAUGGUUUUUUGAUAGCAAAGGAUUCUGGGACUCGUUACCCAUAACCGCGUUUUACAAACAAUUGCAUGGGGGUGUCGUUCGGAAUUCGAGUUGGUAAUCAAAGUGAAUCGCCUGCCCACGCGAUAGUACCUGUAGUGUUACCACCUGUCGGACACGGGAAAAUGGCCGUCGGACGACGAGGAGGGGAUGCGUUAAUCCCUUCGGGACGUGACUUGACUUCUGUUCCCCUUCCCCAUUCUACGGCAUUUGGUCGUUUUUCAAUGGCUACGCAUGAAGUGACCGUUUUUCAUCUACUCUCAAACCGCAAACGGCGGUUUUUCCGAGACGUUCUCACCCCAACAUUGACUCCGCGGUUUUUCGUCCAUUGGUUGAUUGGUUUCGAAAAAAAAAAACUGUAUAUAAGGGUACCCUAACUAUACACUAUACUAUUAACGCCAAGGUACAGCAAUUAGGUCGGAUCGACUUUACACGAUUGCCAAAGUCACAGGUCCUCUUAGGGGCAGGAAUAAAAAAAUUCGCCUUCUGUGUGACGUUUGACGGGUAACUAAUAAAAAUUAGAUUAAAACUAUAUAUUAUUAUAGACUGCUAGUUUUUUCUUCGUUUCUCCACAUUCUAUACGAUGAACGGAACGAGUUUUUCGAUAAGCAAUUGUGUCAAACCGAAAUAUAUUGUAAUGCAGUAUUACGCAACAAAUAAAAAUGUACGUUUGUACAUUGGUUGUGAAUUUGAAAGAAAAUAAUAUUAUUACAUCAGGAAGUGUGCAGUGCAAAAGUAUUGGUAUUUUUUUCACUUGCGAUAGAUUUUGACGGAUAUUAUUUUUUGAUUUACAAUUUUUUCUUACGGAUCAAUAUUACGAUAAUUAUUCAAACAAUUACAUAUGGGAAGUGAGGGGGUGGGUUUAUUGUACGAAAAAGAUAUUUUAUUUUCGUACAAAAAUAUUUUUAAAAUCACUAUAGUGUAUAGAGUUUUAAUCCAUCGAUUGAAAUUAAAAAAUGUUGUUAUACGGUAACGAAUUAUUGUAUUUAAUUUCCACACUGUAUCAUAUUAGUUUAACUAAAAAAUUCGACGACUUUUUUGGUUUAGUAAUCUAAAUCAAUCUUAAAAUUACAUUCCUGUUUUAUAUUAUAUGGGUAUAAUAUACUCGUAAUAUAUUAUACUAUUUUUCAUUAAUCACUUGCCAUUUUUUGUUAAACCUUUGUUAAAUUUUUUGAUAUAAUAAAUUAUAGAGUGAAAAGAAAUUACGUUUGUUUAAAAAUGUUUCCUUUCUCGUAUAGGAAAAAUGCACAGACUUAUUUUUUAAGUUGAGCUACUCGUAUAUUAUGUUGUAUUAUGUAACUAACGAGAUAAAUGUCGAAUAUUUCGUAUUAUUGAUGUCGCAAAACGUUUGAUUGGAGUACGGAUGUUUUGCGACAUUUUACGCGUUAUGAUACGUUUUAUACAGUUUUUUAAUUAAUACGGUUUAAAUUUGAAAUUUACAUAUGGAACAAUUUUUAUUUAUUUAUUUUAAAUUCUUACAGAAGUGAAGAAUGUAUUAGUUUCACUAUAAUUUUUUUGUAUGUGCCUACAAACAAUUUAUCUUUCCCAGAAAUUUUGCUUUAAUCAAAAACUUUAUAGGCGUUUUCUUGUUUAAUUUUUCAUAUAAUCGGUGUACAGAAGAAAUACUUUUUUUUUUUAAUUUUCGUUGUUAAUUUUCUUAAUAAAUCGGAAAAACCAGAAAUUUUCGUUGAUUUUUGAAUAACCUUGGCAACAAGGAAGAACAUACGACAAAUAAUACUCAGCAUCGUUUUUCGUUUUUCAAUGAUUUAUUACGUUUAGAUAUAAAUUAAAUUACUCUAAAAAAUUCUCGCCUUUUCAAUUUCCAUUCAAAUACAGUAACACUCCACCAGCAGUAUUAGCGUACGACUAAACGUGUUUCGUGUUUUAUAAAACACGUUUUCGGGCUUUUAUGUAACGCGUAAGUUUCAUAUUUAAUAUAGUAUAUGACUCACGUCGUUUCAAAAUAGACACGAAUCAAAUAAAUUUCAAACAUUACAAUUACAUCUUCCAAUACCAGUAUACCAUUUAAAUGAUAAAAAAUCCAUGAAAAAUCACUUAAUUUAACGUCGAAUAAUAAAAUAAUAUUAUUUAUAUUUUCUUUUAAAAGAAAGUAAAAAACGACAAGCCAAUUUUUUUCAAUUUUCGUUCUUGUUUUCCUAAUACAUAGAAAAAACAAAGGAAAAACGGCAAUAACGCGCGGUUUCAUCAUAUUCGAUUUUUAUUAUUAUUUUUUUUUUUUUUUGUAUUUGUUUGCUAGAAAAUAAUCGUAGAAACCUGAAACUCUCACAGAUUUCUUAUAUUAAAUUUUUUUAGACUUAGUUACAUUUUAAUAAACAUACUUGUCAAUUUUCAUUAAUAAUACAGUAUUUAUCAUGAACCAGCAAUUUUCUCGGAGGAUAAAAUUAAUUGAAUUUGAUUUUUGUUUUUUCUUUUCUUUUGAUAAUCAUUGUAGGAUGAGUUAAGCUUUAUUUUUAAUCAUACACGUUAAUCUGAUAUUAGUGUUAAGCACAUCAAAAUGUCUAGAAAAAUAUUCUUUAUUCGAAUCUGUGUUCAAUAAAGGGGGUUAUUAUUUAAAAAAUAAACGUAUAUAAUUAUUUAAUGUAGAUGGAGUAGAGGUAAAAAUUAAAAAAUGGUUUUAAAAUACAGCCUCACCGAUUGCACAACAAUUAAAAAAUAAGAUAAAUCAAAUUCAUUUAUAAUCCUCAGAGAUAAUGUCUGGUUCACGGUAACAAAAUCGCUAAAAAAGGAACCCUACAAGGCUAUAACUCGAAAUAUUAUGUGUUCGGAUGUACAUAAUAUUAUGCAUACAAUUUUUUAAUUAUUUUUUGUGUUUUAUAAUCAUGUAUAUAUACAUGAACUAUUGAAAUUGAAUAGGUACUACGGUAUUAAUCACAUCGUUAAAAAUGUGUAGUCUAGGCAUUCUUCUGGGUGUGUAUAGAUAAUAUAUUAUAUAUAUAAAUUAUAUAUUUUUAUUGUGAUUUGUACCUAUCAAUAUUAUGCAAUCUAUUAUCGUUUUAAAUUAAUGCAAAUUUUUUUGAAUUUAAAUUUAAAUUAAUCAAUUAGCACAAAAGUCUAAGAUCAGGGUUUAUAGUUUUCGUCUUCGAAUUAUUUAUUUAAUUAAGUAUUCAACGGAAGCGUAACAUUAUAUUAAUCGCCGAUACCAGUUGUUGGUAUAGGUGAAGGCAUAGUUGAAUUAGAUUCAUAAAAAAUAUGUUGACCUUUAUUACUUUAUAUCAGAACAAUAUGGCAAAUAAUCGAAAAAAAAAAUGUGAAUUUACAAUUUAUUAAAAUGGUUUGAUAAUUUUAUCGUUAAGAAAACAUGCGGAUGUUUGUGGCAUAGGCAUGCGCACAGGGUGUGCCGAGUGUGCUUUAGCAUAUCUCGUGGCCCGUGGACUGAAAUCAACUCAUUCUGGGCUUGUAUAGUCAUUAACUAAGUUUUAUUUUGCAUAUUUGUCUAUAUUUAUUGCAUAUUUCAAUGAAAAACGUACACCACCUAGAAAAAAGUGCAAAUAGGCACCGGCGAAGUGACAAUGCGCCAUCUUAAUAUUUCACUCAUUUGAGACGAUAUUAUCCAAAAAAUAGUACAUCAUUAUGUUAAAUAAUUACAAAAAGGCGUAUAUCUUUUUUGUAAUUUUUUUUCGUCUCUAAUGUACCUACCUAUUAAAAUGUUUAAUAUUUAAAUACAAUUAUUAUUAUUACUUUUUGGUGGACUGAGUGAGAUCCGGCCCAAUAUCUCAGAUAUUACAACAGACCCGAUUAGGUUAACUCCUCUCCUGUCAAUGUCAAUAUAAUUUUAUUAGAAAAUAAAUUACAAUUGAUCGUGUUCGCAUUUCAAAGCAUGUACGACCGAAAUCCGUUUAAAAUCGUACUUCGUAGUUCAAAAUCGCAAUAUGUACCCUAAUUUUUUUUUUUUAAUAAUACAACUUCAUUUUAUGAUUCACCAAUUCAAUAAGCCACAAAGAACAUACAACAUUUGUUUUAAAAAUUAUGGUGUACAUACAUUUUAUUUUAGCAUUAAAUGAAAUAGCGAUAGAAAAUUAUGAACCCCGUAAUUUUAAAUUGUACCGGGGCAUUUAGAUUGGUAAAUCAGGACUUGUGUAUAACGGAAGGAUGAUUCUGAAAGGUCGUUUUAGUACCCAAAGGAAAAAAAGACGGAAAGGCAUAAAACCCAUAUAAUACAUAGGUGGAGAUUCGAUUGAAUUUUAAGCCAAUUUUGUUUGUUAUCAAACAUUCGUUGUCACACGUAAAAACGUAAUAAGCUAUGAUAGAUGAUUCUAAUAACGGCGUUAAUAUAAUUUUUACGUGGACUAGAGAAAUAUUUGUUUUGUUUUAAUAACUUCAAAGAGGGCUAUGGAUGAUUUUUGAGAGCUAAGCCCUCCUAACCUCUUCCCUCCCUCCCCUCAAUCACCGCCUUUGAUUGAAUAUACUUUUAUGGAAAAACUAUCGACAAAUCAAGGAACCGAUUGUUUUUCAGUGGUUUUUAUCGUCGCUAAAUCGUAAUACUACGGUCACUACUAUGGUCGAUUGAUAUUAUGAAAUAAAAGUUAUUAUAUAAAACUCGUAACAAUAUCAAAUUUAACCUAGGCACUUAAAAUGUAUUUUUUUUCCAUCAUCGCCGUCUUAUUAUAUUUGUUUUUUUUCUUCAUAACGGUAAUGAAUCAAAAACAAAUCGGAUAUUCGUUAUUAGCACUAUGGGUCUGUUACGGCUGUUUAAUAUUUUUAUUUUUUUUACUUUUUCUGAACCGUCAGAUGAGUUUAACAUUCAAGAUGGAGUAUAUAUAUUUCGAAUGACCAUCGUUGAAUUUAAAUAUUAUAAACCGACACGCGUUUUAGAACAAUCAUCUAUAAAAUGAUACCUGUAACUCGUGUAUAAAAAUAUAAUUAUGAUGACAAUAAAAAAAUAAAAGAGAGAAAAAACCACUGUUGUAUUAUAAAUAACAGUUUAUUUAAGUUGUUUUAGGAAAAAAAAAAAUGGAAAUUCGUUAUCCGGUCAAUUGAACAAAUAUUUUUUAUAUCAUAUUAAUUUUGUCGGCCUAAUUACUAUAUUAUAAUAUUUUAACAGCAACGGCAGCGAUAUUAUUUUAAUAAAUUCAAACGAUGGCUUAUUCGUUAUCAAUUAUCUGCGUGUAUAACCGUGUAAAAUAUAUUAUAAUAAUAUUAAUAUUAUAAACGUGUCGUUGAUAACAAAGAUAAUAUUAUAAAUACAAUAAUAAUAAUUUAUGUAACACGAAAGAAUAACGAACGCGUUUCCUAUAGAUUAUAACGUUAUUGGUAAUAUCUGUGGCCGCGAUAUAAUAAAAAUAUUAAAAAAUUCUACUCGGAAAUUAUAAUAUUCGUUUCCUGUGUACAGGCCGCUAUCGACGAAAAAACCGAAAAAAAAAAAAAAACGCAUAUGAUAUUAAUAAUAACGAAUCGUUUUACUAUUAUCACAUAUAAUAUUAUUAUUAUUUACACGUGUUUCGUUUUUCCGUAAGGCUAAAAUGUUAUAAUAUUUGUAACAAAUGCACCGUCGUUAUCGGCGGUUAUCGCGUACACAUCACCCGUUUGAUUCGUAGGUACACGUAUGUUGUUAUCGACUCGCGUAGGUACGCCCGUUGAUCGUACGUAAUUAUUAUCCGUAUAUUCGUUCGUGAUUUAAUGAACGGUGCCCCGUUAUUUUAAACAAAUAUAAUAUAAUGCCGCGUUCGCUGUUUUUUUUUUCUUCGGAUUCCGAGCGAAGCGGUUUAUUUAUUUUUUUUUCCUUUAUCAAAGCAAGCAACUUUUCUAUACCAGAAAUUUCGCACCAAUUUUCAAGUGUGUAGCGCGUAUCUUUUCCGAAAGGAAAUUUUAACAGGGCGGUUCUUUAAGCCGGGUUUUUUUUUUUUUUUUUUUUUUGAUUUUUCGAGCAGUUUUCAUAAUAAUCGAGAAAGACGUAGGGAAAACGAGAAAAUUUAUAUUCACCUUUUUUAGACGUGGCAAAAUUGUUGUCGAGCUAUGUCUAUAAGUCAUACGGCCAUUUUAAUUAUGCGAAUUUCCCACGUGAUUAUUAUUCGACAGGUACUCUGUGAAUAAAAUUGUUAGACCAAACCGAAAUGCACGGAAAUUCAACAGUAGGUUCAAUAUGGUGGUCAAGAAAAAAAAAAAAUUGAGAGUAAUGUAGAAUUUAUUUUCGAAGGGAAUAUUUUAAUAUCAAAUUUUGACGAAAAUCGUAAAUUUUGCGGCCUUUCGAAACACGUACAACCGAACUCCGUUCAGAAUCGUUUUUCGUUAGCAAUGAUGUUAAUCGUAGCGUACAGACACACAUUAAUCAAUUACUACCCACCAUAAUACAUCCUACCUUCCCAAAUCGUCACUUAAAACAGCGGCCCACUUAUCGUGCCAAGUAUGUCCGUCUUUUUCUAUCUGCUUCCUUCGGUUUAUUCAUGAAGUUCGCGAUUCAUAAAUUCCGGUGCGCGUAUACAAAUUCGCAUAUAAUAUUAUUAAUUUAUCUUUGGGCAUGCAAAUAUUAUAGUAAACACAUUUUACACCGUUUUAUCUUGAAUGUGCUUUUUCGCAAUAACAAUAUCAUCGCCAUUAUCGCGAUUAAUACGUGUCCGUGUAACCGCGAUUUCCUUGAUGGGUGCCGAUAACAAUACCAAUAAUAAUGUUAAUGUAGCAGUGUUCGGCGUAUCGAUCGAUAAUAUUGCAAUAUUAAUUUAACGAACGCAUUUCCGUUUUCGACCAAAAUUCUAUAGCAAUAAUUCGUUAAACGGAUAAGACGCUAAUAUUUUCCUAUGUAGACGCGCGCGCGCCUUUAUCUUUUUUAUCGGGUUUAUGGCGUUUCAUCAAACGGGAUCGUCAGUUACCGCGGUUGCCAUCAUCGCGGCCGAGGUGGUUUUUAUCGGUAUCGCCGCUAUCAUUAUUACAUCCGUACGAUGUUGAUCGGUUUUAUUUUUGCAAUACCCCGUGUAACGUUCGGUACCGUAUUAAAGGUUAACUUGAUAAACAAUGUUGUUUAAAGGUCAAAACGCUACGGUGUUGUCUAAUUAGUACAACCUAACCGAUAGACGCCUACAUAUUGGGUACUAUUAUUAUAUUGGUAUCCGAGCCGCCGGUGCACGCAAAACGAACAAUAAUAAUUGAUGAAAUAUUCGACUCGCCUCGUACACGGGUACACGGGUACAUAAAAUGGCAGUUCGCCCGUAUCUGCAGCAGUGUGCGAAAAGUUAUUAAACUGUUACGUAACGAUUUUAUUUCUGUAUACGUUUAAUUGAAAAUUAUCGUAAUGAUAUUUUAUUCAGAACCGCGGGUACGAUUAGAAAUCGAUUAAUUUCGCCUUCGUUGUACAAUCAAUAACGUAUCGUUAUAACAUUUAAUUCAAUUUGUUUUCACGCGCGAUGAACCGAAAUUGAGAAAUUCGAUAAAACCGCGUCAAUUUCAAAAUAGUAUAUUAUUACUCUUGAGUUUAAUGGAACAGAAUUAUUCUGAACGAUCUUACGUUUCCGAUAGCUCGUACAAUAUUAUAAUUAUUGUCCUACACUAAAGAUUAGAAAUGGAUAUUUGAAGGGUACAAGGAGAAAACUAGAAAAGUCACUUGAGAUAAUAUUAUAGUAUAGACGAUUGUCUGCCGUUGUAUUUCAAUUCAAUUAUGCGGUUCAAGUACAAUUCAAUUCUGUUUACUACACUUGUCAAAGUUCAACAUAUUUAACUAAAUUUGAACUUCUUAAUUAACAGAAAACAAUUAUUUUACAUUUUCCCUGUUAUCAUUCAUUAGCUCAUCAAAAUUUUUUAUAUAUAUAUAUAAAAAAAAAAAAAUAAUGAACUAUAACAAUAUCCUAUCUUUUGAGGGGGAAAAAUAGAUUUCUCUUACCAAUAUUCAGAGUAUCUGAAUACUAUAUAAAAUUAGGAAACAAAAUGUACAUAUAAAGUGACAAUGGUAAUUCGUAUAGCCAAUUUCUAUAGAAGAUGUCAGAAAAAAAAAAAAACCAUUUUAAUAUGCAAUGUUAUUUACACUAAUAUUUGUUUUUUGAUAAACUAUUAUCAAAAUAAUAAAAAUGGCGGAAGGAGGCCAUUUUCCUAAAAUAUAUUUGAAAAUUCAAAGAAUAUUUCCAAAUUGUGCAUUAUAGUAUUUGUCUACACAAAUAUUGGGUAUCCAGGAUUUUGAAUUGAAAAGGGCGGUGCUACGUAAUACGUUUUUGUUCGAAACGUGGAUAAAGAUAAGAGGGGGAGUUUAAACUCCUCCCCCCUAAAAAACAAAAAUUUAGAAAAAAAUGUUCAUCAAUAUGUAUUUUAAUAUAAUACCAUAAACGAAAAUUUAUAAAAAUAAAAAGACGGACAUAUUUCGGGCAGGAUGUAAAGGGGAAUUAUUUAAUGUAUAUCUGUACGCAAUGGUUAAUUAUUGCCAACAAAAACGAUUCUGGAUGAAUUUCGGUUAUACAUGUUUUGAAAGGCCGUAAUAUCUAUGAUUUUCGUCCAAAAUUGAUACUAAAAAUUCUUGUAAAAUAAAAAUUAUAUGGCAUUCAAUUUUUUUUUUUACCACAAAGUACGACUAUAAUGAACCAAUUAUUGAAUUUUCAAGAACAUCUGUUUGGUCUUAUAAUAUUAUUCACAGAGUACCUACUGAAUAAUAUAAAAAUAAAAUUAAAAAUAGUUUGUAGUAUAGUGAUUAGUGGAGGAGUAAUUUAAACGUUAUACUCUUGUUGUACAUAACUCAUACUUUGGAAAUAAAAAAACAUAAAUAUUUAGUGUACAAGAAAAAUGGUUAACAUGUAAAAUACGUUUAAAUAUUGUUUAUUAAGAGAACAAACCUCAUGGAUAUUUAAGGAGCGUUGCAUAGGCAAUUUUAAAGACUUUUUGAAAAAAUGGAAAUUGAUUGAUUAAAAAUUAUUCAAAUUUUUUUCGUGCUUUCGUACACAUUUAAAAAUGGUCCUGAAUAUUUAUCGUGCAAUCGUGAAAUGUGUUCAGAAAAAAAUAUCCAAGUAAAAUGGACAAUAAUACUAUUCAAAGUGAUUUUAAAAUAUUGUUACUCGUUAUGCAAAUUAAUGAAAACAUUAUCUAUUUAGGUACCUGUGACGUAGAUACAAUAAUUUAUUUUAAAUAUAUUCGAAUAAGAAUAAAAAUAAAAAUGACAUGGUAUCUUUUUAUAAUUUAAAAAAGUCGCACAUUUUUGUUAGUUUAUAUUUUAUAAGAAGGGAUAUAAUAUUAUGUCAUUCCCUUGACAUAACAUUAUAAUAUAACGUUGCGUUAUUUAGUUGUCAUUAUGAACAUUUUUAUGCUGAAUAAUACUCGUUUUGAGAUCGAAUGAUUUUUUUUUUUUUUUUUUUGUAAGAGUAUUUUAUGUUUAAAAACGCUCACAUUUUCAUUGUCACAUUGUCACACCAAACAAUGUUAUAAAUAAAACAUGGAAUUGUAUUUUAUUUAUAUUUUCGAUUUUCAUUAAUAAUCUUUACGAAGAUAAUAUACGAAGUUUUAAGUAUUUAUUUAAAUAUUCCUUUGAAAAUUGUGCACCACUACGAAAAUAAUAUGCCAAUCACCACCAGAGUGAUUAAAUUUCAAAUAAAUUGAUUCCUCCUCUAAAAAAAAAAAAAAAAAAAAUACUAUUUAAUAAUAGAAUAGUUAAAAUACACAUUUGCAAUUUUUAAUUGAACAUGCUAAAAUGUAUAAUUUUUGAUUCUGGAUAAAGUGAAGAAGUUAUUAGUUUUUAUUUUUUUUUUUUAUUGGAAACACUUACGGUUAGUAAAAUAAUGUUCACGAAAAUAAUGGGAUAACCAAGUUUAAAGUGAGAAGACCAGGUUAUGAAGGACGUGAAACGUGUCGCUAGACGGUAAUUUAUUUUGAAUAUAAGUAUAUCGAAAUUUACAGCGGUUCAUCUCAUAUUAGGGGGCCUAUUAUUUGUUUGACUUUUAUUGAUCUAUGGGUUACCAGGCAACAAGGAUAAAAAACGCCCAACUACAUUCCGCUCAGAAUUGUUUUUUCUUAUGAAAUAAUUUGUCGUUGUAUACAAUAUAAACUCAAUUGCCGUAUAUUAUAUUAUUCUACUUUCCCAACUAAAUAUCUACAACAGCGGUCUUCCCACGGGUAGUAGUGUCAACUUUUUUUAAAUAUUAAUUAUUAUUUUAUUUUUUAUUUUUUACCACACAUAUUAUCAUUUGUACGGUAUAUUAUAAUACGAAAUUUGAUUACCUACUCUUUAUUGCAUAAAAAUCCCUGCUCUAGUUAUAAAAAUACACACCUAUAAUUCUUAUAUUAUAAGUAGUAAUUUUGUUCGGUUUCGUCAUAAACGAAAAAUAUUGUAAUUAGAACAUACGAAAAUAUAAUUGUUACGGUAACCGGAAACACGAAAUCAUUUUAUUAUUAAUUGGCCUCGUAACAAAGCCACAAAGGCCAUUUCGUACAAAUCGAGAUUACUCAUAACGCUUAUUUUUCAUCCGAGUAUUUUGACCCGUGCUAUAUAGUAAAAAAUAAAAGCGCAGCGGUUUUACAUAAAGGAAAUAUCUAGUUAUUUAUGCUAAUCAAAUUAUAUUAUUUUGUAGGUACUUACUUUUUUAUAAAGAAUCUUAUUAAAAUGUUUUCGUUAGUGGGGCGUUUUUUUUUUUUAACAUAACUUGAUAAUAUUUUACAAUAAUUUAAUAUCUAAUUUCACCAUCGAAACAAACACCUUUCAAAAAUUAUUAUAUUCUAAACGAUUUAAAAUUUGCUAAUUUCGAACCUAACGUGAUAGUAUACCUACAAUCACACCAACAAUUUGGCGUCAUCCAGAUAGUUUUUCAAACAAUCUACAAAUAUUUGAUAGGUAAAUAAUUGUGUUCAAUUAGUUUUCAAUGAAUUGUAGGUGAUACAUUUUCAAAUAAAUUAAUUUAACAUUGUAAAGACUGUAUAGACUGCAUAAACGUAAGGUAGACAAAUUUAUCAGUAAGGGGGGGUUGUAGUUCCCAACAAAUUUUAAAUGUUUGUUUCGCGAGAACUUCACCCCUAUAUUUCCCUUUCCACCUUUUAAUAUUAUUGACAAUCACUAGUUACAUAAAUACAUCAUAAUCUACAACAAGUAUAACAUAAUAAUAAUUGUAUAAAUAACACGGUAAAAUAUGUAUUUCUAAAAAUGUCUAGAUUUUUUAAUUCAUGGGUACCUAUUGAUCGUACAGAAGAACUUAUUAUUUUAGCUGUUGAAAAUUAUGUUUCUUUAAUGUAGAGGAAACUGGUAUGAUAAUAGAUAAUAAUAUAUUGUAACAAUUAUAAAUUUAAAAUAUUUGUUUAAAUUUAGAUCACCUAAAGUUUUGAGACGAGAAGAUAAUAUCUAUGCUAGAGGCUAAGCCUACCAAGCCUCCUAAAUAUUGGAAAUCAUCUUAAAAAAUUAAUCAAAAUAAUUGUUGAACCGUUAGCAAUUUUUAAUGUCUUUUUACAAUGCAAACAAUUUAUAAUCAAUUCCUUGAUAUAUCAUUCAACAUUUUAAUUAACGUUUUUAUUGAAAAUACAAUGUUUGCAUAUUACCUAAUUUGAUUAAUUAUAAAAAUUAUUUCUAAACCAUUGGACUAGGGAUAGGUAGAUAAGACCUACGAUAAGAAAAUAGUGCAUACGAAUUGCACAAUCCUUUGAGAGAAUUGUUCAUGCAAUGUACAUACAUAAGUGAUAAAACAAACUAGGACGUUAUUCAAGUGUUUAUUGGUACUAUUUAACUCGGUUCCUUAGGUGCUCAAAUCGAAACACUAUUCUUCAAGCCAUUGUUGAAAACCAAUAAUGAAAUAAUUUUUGAAUCAAUUAAACUUUACAGGCUGUCAUACUUUAUUAAAGUACUCGUAUAUAACCGUUAUGAUAAUCAAAAAUAGAAUACAAUCAGCGGCAACAUAUAAUUCAGCAUGUUUUCAAUGUCAUUCAUUAAAUACGUCUUAACACGUGCAUUUUAUAUUAUUAUCUCAUUGAAAAAAAUUCUCUGAUUGGUUAAUGGAAAACAAUCUAGGUAAAAGUAUAUUUUAUAAAUCUGUGGUCUCAAUUACCGAACGCUCAUGUCUAGUUCAUGACUAACUUUGUACAGUUACACGGGAUUUUCAAACUUUUGUUAAGCAUACAUAUUGUUAGGUACCUAAAUUUACUGAAAAUGUCUACAAUGAUACUUAGCUUUAGGGAAAACCGUUUCGUUUAAAAUAAUAUGUUAAAAAAGUACACUUUUUAUAAUCUAUAUUAUCAAAUGCUAAGCGUUGUUGUUUUGCCUUAAACAAUAAUAAUUCAAAUGAAUUCAUUAUUAUGUGUAUUAUUAUUUACAGAAUUAUAGUUGUAGCCAUAUGUCAUAUAUGUGUCAUAUUUUUCUUUCUUUUUUUGAAAAUUAAAAAUUAACAUUAUUUUAAAAUAAUAUUAGUUUCUGCUAUUAAAUAAUUAAUGUUAAAUGUGUAAUUAUUAUAUUUAUUAUGUUCAGGUAUGAAAUGUUUACACAUAUCGAAUAUCGACACAUUAUUAAGAAUAUAGGUAUUUGUAAUAUUGCGGUGAAAUUUAAUUUGGUGCGAUAUUCCAUUGAUUGCGAAUAAAUAUAAUUAUCAUUAUACAUAUACAUUCGUUUUAUGAAAUGAUGUUCGGUCGAACCAAUUAGUUUAAUGAAAUAUUGUAUAUAUUAUUAAAUUUAAAUAUUACACUUAUUAAGGCGUUGAUAAUUUUAUACUUAAAGUGAAUACAUAUCAAUUUGAACGAAUAUAAAUAAUAUAAUAUUUUUAAUUUUUAAUUUGUUUUCCUUUGUUUAAUCAAUUAAAAAAUUACUAACCGAAUAGUGAUUUUCACAAUGUACCGUUAGCAAAAAAUAUCGUUGAUUUAAAAAAUGUUUAUUACGAUUUAUGACGUAAUAAAUAAUAAUAUUUUUUUAUCGUACACCGUUCGUAUCUGAUUUCUUAAAAUAUUAUAAUUCAUUAACACCGCGAAUAUUCACAGUUAGUUUUUAAGUAAAAAAAUAAUUAUCUAAUUUAUUAAGAAAAUCAGUAAACUCCAUACUCCACUUACUCCAACCUCUACCCCGAACCAAGUCAUCCGUCAACAACAAACUACUAAAUUAUAAAGCUAUUAUCGGACCAGUGUAGUCCUAUUAGUGGCAGAUUUACGGGGUAGAGGUGGGGAUUCGGGUGUCCUGCAUCCCCCCCUAAACACCGAUAUAGUUUCAAUAAAAUCUCGUUAAAACAACCUCUUGUUCCAUCUAUUGAUAAAUACCUUUUAAAUACAUAUGAUUUUUCAUGACCCCUCCCAGAAAAAUAUUGAAAAUCUGCUACUGAGUUCUAUGGUAUCCACAUAUAAUGUAUAGUGCUCUGCACAAUUUUCCAACUUAAGAACAAUUCAGGCCUUCCAAUAGAUUUUCCUUCGUCAAAUUGUUUCCGCUCAUUGGUCUAUUAAAAACAAUAAUAUCCAUAAAGUGACUUAAAAAUUCAAACGCCUACUAAAUUAUAAUUACUUAAUGGCAUUUUAUAUUAUAAAACGUAUUAACAAUCCGAAUACACGAUAAAUAAAUAUUCGUAUACUAACGCAAUACACUAUAUUGGUACCUAUACUUACACCUUUAUUAUUUGUGCGUAGAUUCGUUUUUAUCUAUUAUAAUAUAGAGUAAUAAAAUUGUAUUAUGUAUUAAUAAUUCAAACACUAAUUGGCCUCAAUCAUAGGUUUAUUCCUCUGACUUGUGCAUAUUAUUGUGACCUAAAAAAUAUAUAUAAAAUAAGCUAUAAAAUGUUAAGAUAUUAUUAAUAUACUGUAAUAAAGUACUAUAUUAUAGUUUAUAAUUUAUAAUAUAACUGCAGUAACACGCGUAAAAAUAACAUAAUAAUAGUUAAUCAAUAAAAUGAAUUUAUUACCUAUAUAGGUAUAAAUGUAUUGUUAAAAUUAUCUCUCCCGAUAUGAAUAUAUAUAUAUAUAUAUAUAUACAUAAAAAAAAUAGGGACUGUACAGUAAACAUAUUUGAUUCUGCAUUGAUCAGCUAUGCAUCGGGUCUUGGUCUUAAAAUAUUAUAUUCGUUAUGUAUUUCCUUAACAAUUUUUAUUUUCUGUCUAAAUGUAGGUAACUGUCUAGAACAAAGGUUCUUUUUUUAAUGACCAGUAUCGUUGAGUAACACAUAUUUCUUACUCGUGUUUAUUUUAAUAUAGUGACAUAAUAAUAAUACACCCAUAACCAAUUGUAUACGAGUAUAAUGUAUACAAUAAUUGUAUACAUUAUUUACAAUUAUUGAGGGGUCUAAUUUCUAAAGGAGCCAUUUCCAUGUUCACUAAAAAUUUUUAGAAAAACAAAAAAAAAAAAAAACAAUCCUAAAGCAAACAAUCGGAAAAUUGAAAAUAACUUCAAGACUGUUAGAUGAAUUUAUUUAGUUAAACAGUUGCAAAGAACUAAAAACGUUAAUAAUUAUUGAUUAUGGUUAUUUUAAUUAUUCAAAGGGUUAAAUUUAAAAACAUUAAAAAUAUUUAAAAAUACUUAAAAUGUAUUAAUAAGUUAAGUUAGUCAAUCUUCACCAAACUAAUCGUGUAAGAUGUAACAUUAAAUCUUUUUUAAUAUCGUUACUGAUGAUGUUAGACAAUAUUAUCGUAAUAAUAAUAAUAAACAUACUAUAAACAAAAUCAUACUUGACAAAAACGAUUGUGCUUUUUGAAAAUAAAUGCAAUUUUCAAGCUUAAAAAAUUAUUCCAAUUAAACUUAAUCGAAUUCAGCGCUGAAAAUCGCAUAUGAAACAUUAAGUAAAUCAUUUUUAGAUUUUCCUAGAACUUUUCCUAACAAAUGUGAAAAACUAAAAAAAACAGUAAAAUGCAUUAGUACAAUAUUACGAUCUUUUUUUUCUACAGAUAACUUUUCUAAAAGUAUAUCUGACUGGGGAGGUACUUUACGGAAUUCAUCUUUUUAAUUUUCUCAGGAGAUUUCUCAAUAAAUGGGAAAAACGGAAAAAAAAGGUACAAUGUUGAACAAAUAUUUUUAAAGAAAAUACAUAAUGCAUAUGUAAUUAUUCUACUAUAAUAUGACAUGUAUAUUGUUGACAAAGUAACACUAUCAACCGAACUCCGCUCAGAAUUGUUUUUUUGAAAGCAAUGGUUAAUCGUUACUCACAGAUAUACAUUAAAUUACCUAUUUCAGUUCAUUCACCCGUCUUUAUUAUCCUAGGACAGCAUUUUUUUGUUUGUUUUUUAUAUUUUAUAAUAACCAAUGUGAUUUUUUUUUCUUUUAUCGUUUUUAACCAGUUUAAUCGCCGAAUACAAUAAUUUGUAUACAAAAUGCAAUAAAAAAAAUAAUCAAAAAGCCCAGACCAUUAGAUACCUACAUAUUAUAUUUAUGGUGUGUAGUUGGUCAGAGAUAUGCUUAACACGUACAAAUGUUUGUUGUUGUAAUUCUAUAAGUCCUAUAUUUUUUUUUUAUUACUUUGCUUUAGCUUGCCUUAGGCUUUUCGCGGAAAUAUUAUAAACCGUUCAACAAUAGUAUUUUAUUUAUUAUAUUUUAUUUAUCUAUUAAUAAUAAAACAUCGGUUAGCGCUGAUAAAACAUUUAUAAUAACAUCAAUAUCCUAGCAGUAGUUAUUUAUUUGAUAGCACGACGGAACAAUUAUUUAAUUAAAUAACUAAUAUGAAUUAAUCUACCUACCUACUUAAGUCAAUGACCUAAACGAAGAGUGAAGGUAACAGAGCUAAUCACCGACUACCGAGUAAAUUAAUAUUAGAAAAUCUGUUUUUAUUUAUUUAAUUCGAACACCUUAUGACAUACUGUGUAUUAAAAACUGGCAUUGUUAUACAUAUUAAUAACAAUACAAAGGAUUAAAAAUAUAAAUACAAAUAGAUAAACGAAUAUUAUAGGAUGUAUUUGAAAAAAAAAAACUAAAAAAAUCGAUAAAUAAUAAUCAACGAAAAACGAUUCUGAGCAGAGCUUGGAAGGCAAAUUCUUUAACACAAAUAAUUACAAUAAAACACAAUAUAAUAUGAAUUGUAUGCUAAAACAGCAGCGCCGUCCGUCCAUACCUCCAUCGUAACAACCACUCCUUUAUCAUUCUGCGUGGUUUUACGCGAAAUGCCGUGAUAUAAAAAUUUAAAAUACCUAUAAAUAGCUCAUAACUGAAAAAUAUCACAUCGAUAAUAGGUGAAUAAAAUUAUUCUGUGAAGAUUUUAGAUCUUAAUAAUUAUUUUUAACCAAAUUUCAAUAAUAACGGACCCCCACAAAAACCCAUUUAAGUAUAAAAAAAAACAUUUAUUAAUAGUCAUACCUUUUAAAUAUAUUUGAAUUUUUAGCACCCCUCUCAGAAAAAUGUUAAAAAUCCGCUACUGAUAUUUGCUAACUAAAAGCGAUUUUGAGCGGAGUUCAAUUAGGUAUACAUUUUUUUUAAGGACCGUAGUAUUUACGAUAUGAUAAAAUACGUUUCGUACAUUUUCCCGUUUUUCAUACUUUUUAUCUAGCUUUUUCCCUUUUUUAUGAAAACCUUUAGGAAAAUCAAAAAAUGACCUCCCUAAAGUAGCUCUUCAGUUAGAUUUCCUUUCAGAAAAAUUACUCGAAAAUUGGAACAAAAUGUCUGGUAGAAAAUUUGUUUGCAGAAACAAAAACUUAUGGGGAAAUUAAUAUAUAUACAAACUUUACGAGCAACUUCGCUUCCCAUUACGUUUAAUUGAAUCAUUUUAUUUAGAUUAAUGGAAGUUACAAGUCGAAACUUUAGUUAUAAGGCUAUAAGAUGUGGGAACGUCAGGACGCGAAACUAACAAUAAUUAUGUAUUACGUACGUUUCGGUGGAUAUAAUUUCUCAAUUUUAUAUUUAUAGAGUAUAAGAUCGAUUAAGUCUGAACAGUGUAAUACAUUUUCAGUGGUGAUUUUUUAUUUUGGCACACGGUGUGAAAUGUUUUUUAUCCUAUCGAAUCCAAAAUAAUUGAUAGCGCUGUGUCGUGCGUUACGCUACAAGUCGCCGUAUAUAUCCUAUACACAAUACGGCGAACGUUUUUAUAGAAUUUAUUUGAAAAUUAUGAAUUACCGUCGAAAAAGCUGAUGGUUCCCCGGCCAUCAGCUUCGUAUACUAUAUUAAUUUAGCGUUCGGUUUUGGGAUUUCUUAUUGCUUCAUAUAACAUAAAAUAAAUAAUUGUGUAAUCUUUUUUUUCGUGACAAAUAAUUGAUUUUGUAUUUGUUGUUCAAUGACCGCAAUAAAUACGAAUUUAUAAUAUUUGUACGAAUGUAGUAAAUAUAUUAUCCUUGGCACGUGCAGUAUAUUGUAUCAAUCGGAAGUACCUACCACGGGUUGUUGAAAAACAAAAAAAAAAAUGCCUUAUUACUUGUCGCAGCGAAUUUAUCACCCGGAAAUCCUAGUGGCGUAGGCAGAGGUUGCCUUUAAUUCACAACGAUUUUUAUUCGGCUUAUUUUGUAUAAUUCACAGAGUAAGAAACCUAUAAUCGUAUCGUCGGAGAGGAACUGACGGCCGGACAUCCGGCAGCGAGAUACUAGCCAUUCACAAUAAUUAUUAUUUCUAUCCUGUUUAAAUUACAAGGAAUAAUAUUAUAAUAUUGUUAUGAAUUAAAUUCAGUUUUUUUUUUUUUUUUUUUUUAAUACGAUUAAACAAAUGAAACAAAUAACGAUAAUAUAAUUUCACUAUUUUCAACCUUAUGCAUUCAUACUACCCAUGUGUAUUGUAAUACGUACAGCAAUAUAAGUAUAUUUCAGCAAUAAUGUACAAUGAUUAAAAUUAUUGCUUAAUUUAUUAUAAAUAGUAAUUUGUAAAAAAAAAAAAUAAACAGGUUAUUAUUUCAAAAACGAAUAAAUAUAUUUUUUAUCAAUCAUAUUAUAUUAGUAUACACAUUCUUUAGUACAGAACUGUAGGAAACAGUUAUAAUUGAAUUAACAAAAAUAUGACAUAAAGUGGACAACCAGUAGUUUUUAAAUGGAAUUGUAUUAUUUCAAUAUUUACAAUUUGUCAAUUUAUAACAUAUAUAGGACAUAGGUAUUGAAAACAAUUAUAUAAAUUCGCGCAAUACGAACGGAUCAAUAAUUUAAUUCGUUAAAUAGUUACCUAGUUUACCGACUAGUUCAUAAAAUAUCAAUGAUCGGUUGAUUUUUACAAUAUCUGAAUUAUAUCGCUCUGUUUAUUCGUUCAGGUGAUUGUAGAAAUAUAAUUAAUUUUAUUAUUGAACCGUUAAACAGAAAAUAAGAACUUUUUUACAAAAAUGUAUAAUAUUAAGGACUUGGGUCAUUAGUAUGAAAUAUUUUACUUUAAAAAUCAAAAAAUAUAUUAUUUUUUUUAAUAUUAGUUUUUUUAUUGAUUUGGUUUUAAAUCAUGUUUUUAUUAUUUACAUAAAAUAAAUAAUGUUUUUAAAUUUCAUAAGUAGAGAAUGGAAUUAUACGCAUAUAAAAUUUAAAAAAAAAGCACUUUUUGAACUUAAAAACAUUUUAAAAAGCAGAAAUGGUAGAGGAUUUUAAAAUUUUUUUCUCCUAUAACGGCUCAAACUUAUAAAAUACAAAUAUUUAUUACUACAAAACAAUUUUUUUUACAGUUUCACUUAAUACAAAUUAAUUUGUGUUAUUUUCGUAGAUAUCGAAAAAUUGCAGUAUUUAAAAAGUUAAAGCCGUUAGGGGGGGACAAUUUUAAGCACCUAUUUUGUUUGUUUUAUUAAAUAUUUUUAAGCAAUGCUUUUUUCAGUGAUUUUUUGAUGUUUUCAGGUGUUAAUUUUGAGGAUUUUAAGUACAUAUAAAUCUGUUCCCUUGUCAUAACUGAAUAAUAUUAUAUAAUUGGAUUCAUAUGUAAAGUUCAGGGCUGCUCAGCACAUAGUCUGCCAUAGUUAACACCUAUUUGAUUUUUAAAUUUAAAAAUAAAUUGUACAAAUAUUUUUUAUUUUUCAUCAAAAUCAAAUAUAAUAUUCAUUUUAGUACUCUAUAUAUAAUAAAAUUGUUUGUGCAAAACCAAACAAUUCUAACGAUUCUGUUUUCUUGGGUUUAUUUAAGAGACUACGAAUUGAAUCACUCGGAAUAGUACCAUUAAUGGUAAACAAAUUAUAUAUUUUCAAAACGAAUUUAUCUACAUCACUUAGUUUUUGUAAAACAAAAUUGUUACAUACACCACUCACGAGAGUAAGAAAAACCAGCAAUAAUUUUAAUUCAUCAUAUAUAAAAUAUGGAUUAAUGGUUCAAAUUUUUAAAAAGUUGUGAUACAUUUUAGUAAUAGAUUUCCACCUAAUCAUAAGAACAAAGAGCACAAAUAUUUGGGGAGCUUAAGCUAAUGUUGAAAGUGUAUACUUAGUAUUUAUUUGAUAAGGCUUGAUUUUGUUGGACUAAGUCGUCUCUGUAGUUCUCUCCCCUAUUUACACUUAAAUAAUACUAACUUCACAGAGAGUUUCUUAUUUUAUAACACAAUUUUAAUAUCAUUAUUUAGCUUUUUGGUAUAGUUUACUUCGAUCUCAGUGACAUGUACAAAUUCUAUACAAUUAUCAUCUUUGUUAGAUUUUUUUUAUUUUUAUAUUUACUCCGUGUUACAUUCACGGAUAUAAAGUAUUAUUUUAAUACUGUAACAAAACGAAUCGUUAAAUCACAUAAUACAAUAUUUUAUAUAAGGACCUAAUGAGAUAUCACAUCAUACUCGGAUGAAAUAAAUUGUAUAUCCAUAUAAUAAUAAGAAUUUCGACGAUAAUAUUAUAAAGAUACGAUUAUUAAAUAGUUGUAUUGUAAAUUUUACCGAUUUUUUGUUGCAGACUUCAAUAUUUAAUUUGACAUAUCACAAAGUAUCUAUUCAAUUUUUUUUUUUUUUUUAAUAAGUACGCUAUGAAUUGUCUUACUGGAAUAAUACAAUUUUGUACCAAAAUAAAAAAAUUAUAUACUUCACAAAUUUACAUUAUAUAUUUGGUCUCAGAGAAGAUGGGAUUUUACAAAUAAACACGCUUUUGCAAUUUGGACGAAAAAAUAAAUUAAAACAAAUAACGUUAGAUAAAGUUAGAUAAAGACAAAAAAAAAACAAAAAAUGUCAAACAUUUACCUAAGUACUUUAGGGACCAAAUAUAUUAUAUUAAUAUUGUGUAACAAAUAAUAAAAAAUAAUUUAUAAUAAACAUUUGAAAUGCAUAUUCAAUAAAUAUUCAAAAGUUUGAACAGGUACCCAUUUAUAGAUUUAAUGGUUAAAUAAUUUGAACUGUAUAUCGUACCUAAAACUAUAGUGAAUUAGUAAAAAUUAAUUAAAACCUAGAAAAAAAAAAAUUAAAUGCACUCUUUUAUAAUAUAGUAUUGUAUUGUAUUAUAUAGUAGUAUUGAUUUUAACAGUUUCAAGUAUUUUAUUGUUUUUGUUUUUUAUUUUUGUAGGCAUGUAGAGGAUGUACUAAUCCAUUUAAAUGUGACUGCAAAGGAAUAGUCGGAGAACCUGGUGCCAAGGGUAUUUCCGGUCAACCAGGAGCGGAAGGCUCACCAGGAGAGAUAGGUUUGUUGUUAAAAAUUGUACCUAUAAUAAUAAUUGUAUUUAAUUUUUUUUUAAAUUAGUGUACCACUAUUGUGAGUAGAAAGUUGGGGAGGUAAAAUAUAUAGAGUGAUUUAAUUUAUGUAUUUUUGAUGACAAUAAAUGAUUGCAAACGAAAAACGAUCCUGAAUAGGACUCGGUUAAAUAAUUAUUUAAAACAAAUUACAAUAAAACAAAUAAUAUUAACUUAUCAGUUGUAUGGUAAAACAGCAGCAUCGCCUAAAUUAUCUAAAAACACUUCCACCGCAGCUGUCGUCAAAACUUUUUCGAACUGUGUGGCUUUACAAAUAUCGUUAUUCAAAAAUUUAAAAUGUCAAUAAAUCUGAAAAUUCAAUAAUUUCACCUCGUUGAUUAAAAACCAAUACAAGUAUUCUGUAAUGUAUAUUCGUUAACAAAAAGCGAUUGAGCGAAGUUUGAUCAACAAUUAUUAGGCUUUUAAAUUCUUUUCUUUUUAUAAUUAUCGUCAAAAUUCGAACUUAAUGCGCUUAUAAGAACAAAUCAUGACUGCGAAAUUUUGGUAUUUUUAUACUGUUAUAAGAUAAAUUUCGCAUCAAAUUUUCAAGUAUUUCUGGGAUGCCAACAAAAUUGUAUUCAUAAGAAACAAAAUAAAAAAUAAAAACGUUACUAUUUCAAAUAGCUAAACUAUUUUGAAAAUAUAACCACAUCUAGAAAUGGUUAAUUCAACUAAUUCAGGUGUUUGGUGAAAAUUUUUAGAUUUUCAGAUUAAUUUAACUAGUUAUUUUUUAGUUAAUUUUUAUUAGUUAAUUUAAUUAAUUAUAAUAAAAAUAAAAAUAACAGAAACAGUUUUCACAUACAUUUUUCGGGAUUUUCUCAGUUAUUAAGGAAAUUACAAGGAAAAAAUAAAAUGACAUUCUUAGUAAACCUAUUAGAUAAAAUUCGCUAUCAGGAAUUAACCUUAAUGUUGAUUAUCAGAGCUAGAUUUCCAGUCAAAAAUUGUUUAAGAUACACAAAAUUAGAAAAAAAGAAAAGCACACAUCAGUGUACAAACAUUAAAUUCCUUGUCACGUUCAGAAUUUAAAAAUAAAACAUUGCCUAAUAGCCUAUUAUAUUUUGUAUGUAAAUAUAUUUAAUGAAAGACUCUCUAAAUUUCGAACGAUGAAUAUCAUUUUUUAAUUCAUAAUUCAUAAUUUUAUUUUAUUUUAUAAAUAUUUUUAUUUUUUAAUGUUAAGCAUAAAUAUAUAAGUAUUAGUUUAAUUACGUUGGAAUAAAAUAUUUAAUAUUUACAUUAUUUUAGGUCAAGACGGUCCAUUGGGACCAAAAGGAGAAAAAGGAUCCGAUGGCGAUUGGGGAUACAAUGGUUUAAAAGGAUACAGAGUAUGUAUACAUUCUAAUAGUUUUUUAGUUUCAAAUAUAAUUAUAGGUAUAAGAACAUUAUAAAAUCAUAUAAUAUUACAUAAAAUAUUUUAAAAAACAACUGAACCACGACCAAAGAGGAUAAUUUGAUCAUUUUUCGAAUUUAGUUCAAUAAUAUAGAAUUUACAUAUAAAUGUUAUGGACUUUAAAUAUAAAAAUAUAGAAUGGUCUAUCAAAAAUUUAUUGAUAAACUUUUUCGUAUAUUAAAGUCACUUUUAAAAUUAAAGUCAACAACACUUCACAUAAAUAUUUUAUCUAUUUUCUCAGUAAAUGCUCCAGUUUUGAAUUGAAUUUGAAAAACGGUGAAACUACCGUCUUUGGUCAUUAUUCAAUCCUUUUAUAGCACGUGGAAGCAGGAAUUUAGAUAUCAUUAUCAAAUUUCACCAAAAUUAUUAAUUUUUAGUGACAAAGAAAAUAAAAAGACUGGGUGUGCUUAAUUAAAAUUUGUGCACAUUUUUUCCUUCAUCUAUAAAAUAAGGACCUUUGUUGUAUAACAAGAUAAUUAAUUUAUGUGGAUAUACUUGAUAUCUCGGAAAGUAUUUACUAUUUAAAUUUUUUUUUUGAAAAUUUAAGAAACAAGCUGCUCUAAAAUUUAACAUUUACAUUAUUUUUCGCCACCCUAAUUUUUGUCAAUGAAAUACCUACUUUUUAUUUUCAAUUUCCACAAAUAAAAUUUGAGAGAGUAGUGGCGGUUCCGAGAAAUAAAGACCCAAACAAAGUUUCAUGAACCCCAUCACGAAGACAAGAAUUUCUACAUGCUUUUCUAUUACACUAACAUUUUGUUUACAAAAAUGUUAUUACAAAUAGAGUUUAAAAAUAAACUACACUUCCUCCUCUAACCAAACUAUUUCGAGUUUUUAAAAUGUUAUAAAAAAUACCUCAAUGACAAUUACUAUAGCGUCUUUCUGAAUUCUGAAGAAUAUUAAACAUUUAAACUAAAGGGAAUAGAUAAUUUUAGUUAAAAGAGUUAAAAAGAGAUAAUUUGUCUCCUUUCGCCCCCUCAUUUUAACUCCUGGAUUUAUCAGCAAGUUUAUAUUUUCCUUAUGACAGUUCAUUGAUAGCAAUACUAUAGUAAAUUAAAAAAUUAACCAAAUACCUAACCAAGAUUAUAUCCAUUGUAAUAUUUAUAAUUGAUCGUUUAUACGACCGAACCGUCUUUCUAGAACUGUUUACUAAUAAUAAUGUUUUUUAUCAUUAAAUCAAAUUUAAUAAAAUGUUUUAUGCGAUCAAACAUAUUAAUGUAAUAAUAUAAUUCAAUUAAAUGCAUUAUAUGUUUAAAAUUUAAUUCGUAUGACGUGUUGUCUAGGGUGAACCUGGAUUAGCAGGUGUCGUUGGAAAUCCCGGAGAACCGGUAAGUUACGUUUUAAUUUCAUAUUGGUAUAACGAUUUGCAAAUAUAUAUUUUUUUUUUAUAAUUAGUAUUAGAAAGAGUGUAACGAUUUCAACUAAAAUGUUCUAUAUAGGGCCUUCAAGGACCAAUGGGACCUCUAGGGUCUAAUGGCUUGGAUGGAUGUAAUGGAACUGAUGGUAAUCCUGGAUUAACGGGCGAAGACGGACGUCCCGGUGAUCGAGGUCUCCCGGGAAUCGAUGCUCAACCGGUACGCAUUUUGUAAUAUAUUUUAAGUGGCGAUAAUAAUGCACAAUUUUUUGUCAUUUCAUCAAAAUAUUUUAUUUUAGCAUCAAUAUGUUUCUAAUGAUAUCAAAUUUAAUUCAUUAACGUAGAUUGUCAGUAAUUCUAAUCAUCAUUUUUCAUUCAUUUUUUUUUCAGUAUUUCAGUUAUUUACAAAAUUAAACUUGUAUUAUUUUAAAAUGUUAAAAUUUCGAAAGUUUUUGACAUAAUAUUGUAAUGAAAAAUAGUCAGGUGUCGGAAACGUGUUUUAUGUUUGUGAUCACAAUGGUAUUUAAGUAUAUCUAGUAUAUAAUAUCAAUCAUUUUUUUUUUCUAGGGAAUACGAGGAGAUCCCGGCGAUGGAGGUGCAAACAGUAAAGGUUUGAAAGGUGAAAGAGGCGAAUUCGGUAUACCGGGUGGAAAGGUAAUGAUCCUAUAUUCAAGUUUAAUAAUUAUCAUUAUAACUAUAACAAAAAUUAAUAUUUUUAUUGAUGAGCUCUUUAACUUCUUUAUAAUACAAAUGUAUUGAACAACAGAAAAAUAUAAUAUGCUCAUUCUAAUAUCGCAGUUAUAACAAUAUACUAAGCAGGAUAUUUGUAACCAGGAUAUUUUUCUGAGGGAGGGAGGAAAUAACGAAUUUGCCAUAUUGUUAGGCAAUUUACAAGACAAUGAAAUGAUAAUAUUUAAGCUAAUUUUAAAUCUUUCAUUAAAUAGCAUCAACGUAUUACCUAAACAGUGGUUAAAAACUUAAAUGUAUAAACAUAUUAUUGUUUUUACGUGUUUGGGCAUUUAAACGUUAUACAGUUUCAAUUUUUAACGCUAUGUUUUUAAACGUUACAUUAAGUUUUCGUUUUUAAUGAAAACGAGAUUUAACAUUCUAAAUAAAUUUGAAAAUGUGCAACGUUUUUUAAUGAAUUUUAUUUUCAUUUCUCACACAGAUAUAAAAAAAAAAAAAAAAACAUACUUUACUUAAAAACAUUGAAAAAUAGUAAAUAAGUCUUACAUAUUAGUGUUGUAAUUGGUCUUAUUUAGCUUGAAACUGUAAUUAAUAAGUAAUAACGUAUAGUGUAUACAAUUAUGAAAAUAUCUUUAACAUUACAUCGUAAUUGUUAUUACAACUAAUAUUUUAUAGAUUGUAUUACUUUAAAUUAUUAAACAAUUAAAAGUAAAAUUAAAUGAUUAUAGUGAAUAAAUACCUACUUUAGUCUAAUUAAAUAAAGAUAAACUACCUGGUACUGAUUAGAUAAACCUAGAUGAAAUUAUUUCAAAGCUGGUAUGGAUGGGUAAAUGACGAAAUAUUAAAAUAUCUAUUCUAUCAAUUAAGAAUACUACAAUUUUAAAUGGCAUAUUUAUUAUUUACACUAAACGCAGGGGUAGGAUCCAAGAGAGGAGGUGAUAGUGGCGAUCGCCGGAUAAGCAGCUAGAAAAAAAAAUACAUUUUUAUGUAAAUAUUUCGUAAACGGUAUAAUAAAUGUAGUUUUCAUAAUUAAUUUUGCGAAAUAUUUAUUUUACUGAUUGAGCUGAGCUUGGAGUUGGUUAUACUCGUAUAUAAUUGUUUAUUACGUUGAACAUUAAGCAAUGUUAUACCAUACCGAUAUGAUAAUUUGAAUCACAGUAGUGAUAUUAGUAUAGUGAAAAGAGCCUCUAAACAUAGAUUAUAAUUUGUAUAGAUAAAAAUUUAAUAAAAUGUUAUAUUUAUGGAUUGAAAUUUUUUAAAAAUCUAUAAUUAAUUAUAGGGCGCACCGGGUUAUGAUGGCAUUACAGGAAUACAAGGCGAUGCGGGAAAUCCCGGAAGAAAAGUAAGUGAAAUUUUACCUAUCACUUAAGUUUAGGGUUCAGGUUUAAAGAAAGCGCUUUUAUAUUUUAGAUUUGGAGCGUAGAAAGGAAUACAUAUAUAUAUAUAUAUAUAUAUUAGUUUUACAAUGAUGUUUUCUUUUUCUUUUUUUCUUUUUAAUUUGUGAACAACUUUUCUAAGCAGGAAUUUCGCUUCAUUUUACAAGUGUAGCACUUUUUCUAAAAGUAAAUCUGUGGUCAUUUUAUGAUUAUCCCAGAGAUUUUCUACUAUAUCUACCAAAUGUAUUAUUUUAAAAUCGUAAAUACUACGGACUUUCAAAAUAUUUCAUCACAGUAAUGAUAAUAUCACGUAUCUACCACAUCUUACCAAAUUUUCCGAACUUCACUCCGAAUCAUUUUUCGUUUGAUUGGUUAAUCGUUGCGUACAGAUAGAAAUUAAAUUCCGCUUUUCAUCUUACCUUUCCGUUCUACUAUUUAAGACGAAUGGGAAACGUGAAAUUUCCGUAGAGAAGAUAAUGCUGCACUAACGGUUCUGUAAAAAACAUGGGAUGUUGCUAAUAGCUCUGUAAAUUAUUAUCGAAUAUAAGACUUGUAGCCUUCAAGUCUGAUUUUGAAUCAAUAACUUUUACAAACAGUUUUACAUUUCAAUGAUAUCAAUUAUAUUAACAAAAUAGCUGAUGGUACUUUUUAAUUUGUGUAUUAUAAAAAAUAUUUGGAUUGAAAACGUGAAAAGUACUUAAAAAUAUAUUUAAAAAAAAAAAAAAAAUGGUAAAGGGGUUUAAAACACCUCUCUCUAACGGCUCUAAAUACUAAAAUCUUCUAAUUAAUAUGUUUUUAUAAUACAUGUUUUGUACACAUUUAUUUUAAUAUAACUAGUUAGGUUCUUUAUUUUUUUAUAAUUUUGCUUUUGAUUAACCAUUUUGUAUGAUUAUAAUUGAAUAAUCCAUUUAAAAAGAUUGAUUAUUAAAAUGAUCAAUGUCUAAGAACCGCAAUAUACGACUUUAAAACAAUUAUGGUUUUGUAUAGGGGAUUACUGGUGAUGAUGGGUAUCCUGGAAUCAGUGGAGAUGCAGGCGAAGCAUCCCGUGGAAUUAAAGGUUAGAUUUUGAAACCAUUACUAUUGUAUAUUAUAGUUAUAUAGUUAUCCAUAUUACAGGUAUGCUAAGCAUUUUUUGUUUUUUGUUUUUUUUUUGAAAAUGUAUUAGCAGAUUAUCCUAUGAAUUUAUUUUCUUUAAAUAUCAAUGUGUCAACUCUAGUAAGAUUAUAACCUAUUAAUCGUAUAUCGUGUGAUACCACUAUAGUAUCAUAUCCGUCAUGUAUUACUCAUCAGCUAUAAAAUAUAUUCUGUUAUUUGUGUUUUCUAUUAUUCUAGUCUAAUAUAUUGAAGUGAUUAUUUUUUUAAAAGUCUUUCCUAGUUUCAUAUACAAGAUAAAAUUAUGGUGUAAAAUCAACAAUUUUAGACGCGUAUCUAAAUUAUAGGUGAAAACUAUUUGAUGAACAUUUUUAAUGAAAGACACACUGAUGAUCGAACAGAAAAAUCGUUCAAUAUUGUUCAUUCAAUUCGUGUGUUUAAAAUAUAUGAACUACACGUGUAAUAGGGUCGUACAAAGUAAUUUGAAAUUUGCAUAAUAGAACUUUUUUCAUCAAUAUUAUAAAAUAUAUGAUAUUUUUAAAAUAAUGGAUAUCACGAAAACCUUUUCUUGCAUGGUCAUUUUUAGGCAGCAGCGAGAAAUUUCAGAGAGGAACUAAGGGGGCUAUAAUCCGUAGUCUCCUUAGCCCCCCUAUUCUAGUAUCAAUAAUAAUAAUUGUUUUGUAAUAAUAAUAUCAUCUACACGUGUGUUCUAGUUACACUAGUUAUAAAUUAUAUUAUUUAAUUUAAAUAAAGCGAUAUAGUAACAAUUCCACUAUCAAAAACAUUUUUUUUUUUUCAUUUCAAUAUUUAUCAAUAUUAAAAUUAUUAAUAUCUUUAAUUUAUAAUUAUUUCAUAGAAAAGUUGACUAAAUAAUUCAUGUACACAAACAUUAAAUUAUUAUUGGUUGUAUUUAGAUUUUGAUUAAAAAUGUAUUAAUAUUAUUAUCUUAAACAAAUCUAUGAAAUUAAAACAUACGCAAUACACAUCUAUAAUAUCUUUGAUUUUUAGAAAUGUGCAAUUCAAAAUAUGGAUUUAAUUAAAUCAUUAUACAAUAAUUCAUAUGUUUAUUAUACAGGUGACAUGGGAGAACAAGGAGAGAGAGGAGACGUAGGACCACCUGGUAAUUUAUUUACUUUUAUUUAUUUUGUUCUUACAUAGAGGGUGCCACUAGAUGGUUCUAACUUUAAGCAAACUUAGGCACUCUUGAAUUCAAAAUUAGCACCACAUAUACGUCAAUCUAAUUAUUUAAUACGUUUAAAUCUUAAAUGUUAUUUAAAAUUUAUUUUUCUUAUUUCGUUAUUUUUUCUACUGCAUACUUGUGUGUAUAUCUUUGAUUUGAAUUUAGCGAAUUUUCUAUUUUUUUCCAAAAAAAAGUCAUUCAUACUUUAUUGGGUAGAGUUAUUUACAAUCAAUCAAAAUCAUUUUUUUUACAAUUACAAGUAUAUACAGUGAUAAAACCAGCUAGACGUAUAAUUGAAUUAUUAUUAAUAUUAUAAUUGUUUAUAUUUUGUAAAACAGUUAAAAAUCUAAACGUGUAGGUACGAAUGUGCAAUACAGAUUGAAUAUUCAAUUUGAUUAUUUAAUUAAUUCAUUAAUUCAUUAAUCGGGUAGGUUAGUUAAGAAGUCGGUCUUCCAUUGAGUCCGUAGUAAACUAUGCAUUAUCUAAUAAAUAUCACUGUCGACAUUUUAGGUGUAAUCGAGGACCCUCGUGUGGGAGGAGGGGAUGAAAAUUAUAAAGGGCUACAAGGAGAAAAUGGUCAGAAAGGACAAAAAGGACAAGAUGGCUAUGAUGGAGAAGUUGGCAAAAAAGGUUGUACGGUACGUAGACUAUAUGCUAUUAUAUUUGCAAUUAUCUAUAGUAAUUAAAAACAAGAUCCUGGAAAAUAAUAAUUUUUUUAUUCUUAUAUGCAUACCUAUUUGUUAAUUAAUGUACUCGUAAAUUAGGUGGAGUCAACAUCUAUUAGCAUUAUAAGAAUUUUGUUCUAUUCAUUUUUUAUUUAAUCUAUAUAUGUUUAUUGAAAUAAAUUCAGAAAUAAAUCAUACAUUUCAAUAUCUGAAGAACACUAUGGAAUGAAAAAUUUGUAUUAAUAUUUCGAAAUUGCAUUUUUCCGUUCUAUGGUCAUCGUGCGCGAUUUACGUUUUUGUAAUAAUCGAUAUCACAUGUUAAAUUAAUAAUAAAUAUAGAUGAUGAAUACAACGUAUAGAAUAUCAAAUUAAAAAAUUACACUUUUAACGAAUAAAAAAUAAUGUGGGCCCAUGGCAGCGAUACUCGCCAUAGGUGAUGACUCAACCCUAGUGGUAAGUAUCGAAAAACGACCCAAAAUCGUCACUGUCGGUCAUUUGUCUACAACUUUUUUUUUAAUUUAUAAUCUAAUAUUUAUUCAUACGUUAUAUUAUAUUAUGCAUACGUUAUAUAUGAAGAAAAUAAAUUAGCGAUAUCGUUGUAAAACAUCAGAACAUCGUGUGAUUAUAAAAUAACGGCUCGUAUCAUUACGUAUCAUAUAUUAAUAUUAUAAACUGAAAUUAUUCAGUAUACUCAUAACAAUCGAAGUAUAAUUUAUGCAAUAUAUAAUAAGUAUAAACUGUAUCUAGAUAUAAUAUUAUAAUAUGAUUAUUUAUGUAUGUAUAGGGAUAUCCUGGACAACCAGGACUUAAAGGAAUAAAAGGUAAUUAUUAAUUUACAUUUAUUGAUAUUUAUAUCUAGUAAAUAAGUCCAAUGUCUAAGCCGUAUUAUUGAAAACUCGCUGAAAAAUAUAAAAAGCUAUUGAUUUUAUGUACUGCAAAUAUGGCCGAACCCAAUAAUUUGUUAAUUUUUAGAAGAACUUCAUAGAGCAAUUUAUUUCCUGAUCGAUAAUUAAUUGUUAUUAUCACGAGAGCUUAGUAAUAUUACUUAGUUGAAUUAACAACUAUUUAAAUAGUACUAGUUUUGAAUAUUAAAUCAAUUUUUGAUUAUGCAUUUUUGCAGGUAUUUAAUAAUAGAUUAUAAUAAUAAUAAAACAAUAUUUGAAAUGAAUUAUAAUUGUUAGAAAAAUCUAUGUUGUCAACGGAUUAAAAUUAAUCAGUAAAUUCUACGUAUUUUUUAGGUUCACAGGGUAAUGUAGGACAAAGAGGAAAAGAAGGUAAAGUUGGACCAUUGGGGCCAAGUGGAAUUAAAGGUAAACGCUUUUUUAGAAUGGUUAAAAUCAUAUCAUUAUGAAAACAUCGAUAAAAACACAUUGUAAACAUUAUUUUUGAAUGCAGGUGAUAAAGGAGCUCCGGGUUUCAUGGGAAGACCCGGUAGUGACGGAGCUAAAGUAAGUACUCAAAUAUGCAUAAAUAUACUAUAAUAUUAUUUGUAUUCUACAAUUUUUAAUUUUUUACAUUUAAACCUGAAACUAAAUUGGGUAAAAAUAAUUAUAUGAAUUUAAAAUUGCAUUAAAUUAAAUAAUAUUCAUUAUAUUAUAUGAUUAAUUAAUUAAUUAAUGAAAAAAAAAAAUAAAGAAUGAAAUACAUUACCCUAGGAUGAAGCGAUAUGUACCCAGGCUCAAAUGAUACAAAUAAUUUACAGUAUUCAAAAGAGAUUUUAGAAGCAUUUGAAAUGUGGUGUUCAAGAAUAUAAUCUAGACGGAUAGGGUAACAAAUAAAAAAUUGUUAAAAACAGUAUCAGAAAAAACGCUUUGAUAGUUGUAAAAUAAUAGGGUUAUUGUAUAACAAAAUGAGUCGGGCGUGAGAGUCUGUUGAAAUUGAUUAUAGAAUAUUGAUGGGAAGAACCAUCUAAGAAAAACUAGGCUGACAAAUACAAAUGGAAUAAAACAGAUCAUAAAGGACCAAAGAUGUACCUAUUUUACUAAUAGAAAAUCGGACGUCAGAAACGGAUAGAAUGUCGCUGUAACUCGAUUUGAGGCCAUGAGAAAAGAGAAAUAGAGAGAUUGCAAUAAAAAUGUCAAGUUAAUGUAAUUGGUUUAUACAAAAAUUAAAUUUACAUUGUUUUUUAACUAGUGUCUACAUUUUAUUUUUCGAAUUGAACGUAGAAAAAUAUUGAAAUUUUUAAUCAUUUAUUUAACACGGACUAUACAAUCGCGAGAUUAUAUUGAUAACUGAUGAAUUAAAACGUAUUAUGUACAAUUAAAAUUUAAAACAUCAGAGUUAAUAUUAAUUUACGCGAUUUUAAAUAAGGGUGAAGUCGGUGAAGACGGACGUGAUGGAAUUCCAGGAGUACAAGGUAUAGAGGGUGAACCGGGCAUAUACGAUCCGACUUUGGAUGAAAUCAAAAUCGGGUCCCAAGGAAUUCAAGGACCUAUUGGUGAGUUACGAUAUUCCUAAUAUCUACUUUAUGUGUGUAUAUAUACAAGGUAAAAUACAUAUUUUUGUUAACUAAACGUUUAACAUGUUUAGGUCCCGAAGGUCCCAGAGGAGAAGACGGAAAACCAGGAAGGGUAUGUUAUUGAUAUUUAACGGUUAUUGCUGAUUUUUUACAUCUUUUAAAAAUUUGUUUCGUAAAAAUAUGUUUAUACUAUUUUAGAUUGGUCCGCAAGGAAUCGUAGGACCACCGGGUGAUCCAGGCAUAUCAGGUAAAUUAUUUAAAGAAAAAUGUUAUAUACAUAUAAUUAUUCAAAUUCAAUACAAAAACAAAUGUAAAAAGAAAAAUGAAAUAAUAAUAAAUAAAAAACUAUUCUAUUAUAAAAAAAAAAAUAUUAGUUGCAUACCAUAAUAAUAUUUUGUUCUUUUUUUUGUAUAGGUAUUCCUGGAAGCAGAGGCCCGAAAGGUUUUUCUUUGAAAGGAGAACAGGGUGACGAUGGUAAGUGUAUAGUUUACGUAUAAACAUUGUGAGCAAGUGUAUGUAGUGUAUAAUAUCAUUUUAUUUCAUUGAUGACUCGAUUAAAAUAAUUUUACUCAAACUAUAUAAAAAAUAAAAUAUAUCAUAAUUUCGAUUGCAUAAUAAAUUUGAGUUUAAAUUUUAAUUUUUGCACUCGUUUACAACUCGAUGUUCAUGGCCAAAGGUAUUUAAAUUGUUUAAUAUUAUUAUUAAGGUCUAACCGGUGCACCAGGAGUACAAGGACCUCCUGGAUUCCAAGGACCAGAGGGUCUCGUUGGUGAAAAAGGAUAUACGGGCAUAACAGUAUUCGGGCCACCCGGUGAAGACGGUCGGCCAGGUGAAAAUUUUAAUUUAAUAUUGUUUCAGUUAUUUAGUUGUGUUUUAAAUAAUGAAAAAUUUGACUCGAAUAAAACAUCCACUAUAUUUUUUUUUAGGUCGUGACGGUAAUAAGGGACCUAAUGGAGAACGUGGUGAUCCAGGAUACAGAGGUUUGAAAAUCAUUUACAUUUGUUUCUUUUUCUUAAUUUUAAUGUAUCUCUAAAUGUAAAUUUAAAUUGUUCAUAUUUUAAUUUCCGAUAUGAAUCGUUUAGGUCCUAAAGGUUCUCCUGCCACAGGACGUGGAGAACAAAUUAACGGUCCACCCGGACCUACUGGUGUACGCGGAUUACCUGGUAUUCCUGGAACACCUGGAACUCCCGGUAAGAAUUGUAUACAUACAUUUUACUCGUUUCAUAUUAUUAUUAUUAUUUAUUUAUUAUUUUUUUUAUUUUGUCACGUGUAUAAAACUUACAAUAAUAAUAUUCAACAAUAAAUAUAAUUACAGGAAUACCUGGUACUGACGGGAAAAAAGGUCUUGCUGGUGAAGAUUGCGGUUAUUGCUUUCCAGGUUGUACAAUUAAUAAUAAUCUAUAAUUUAUUAUUAUUUCAAACGCUAUUAAUUCGAUUAAAAGAUAAUUCCUAUUUUAAAUCAUUGAAAAUAUGUAAGUUAUCUGUUGUUCGAAUUGAACUAACCAGGAAUUAUAUUUAUGUUUCUAGGAAUUGAUGGGCAAAAGGGUGAACCCGGUGAUGAUGGACAAAACGGUUUACCCGGAUCGAUAGGUGUGUAAAUUUAUGUAAACUUUGUGUUAAUAUUUUUUUAUUUUUUUGAAGUUUCAAAUUAUCUGUGCGAAAAAAAAAUAUGCGCAUUAUUAAAUAUGAUGUACGUUUUACUUGUAUUAUAAUUAUAAUCAAUACAAUGUAAACGUUUCUUAUAGAAUCACUAAAAAUAAUACGUACUUAUUAAUAUACAUGCAUUAUUUAUUUUAAAAGUAUACGGAAUAAUUUAAAAAUGUUCAACAAAAUUAUAAUCUUAAUCAUUUUAUAUCACUGUUUAGGGUUUCCUGGCGUAAUUGGCACCCGUGGAAUCAAAGGAAUAACCGGGCCAAUUGGGAGCACAGGUACAUACAUAUUAAUUUUUUAAAAUAAUAUCAUAUUCAUCACUAGCUGUCCCACGCGUCUUUGCUCAUGUACUACACUAUUGAACAAAAAAUAAAUAAAAAAAAACACGUUUCCAUCAGCGCCCGUAAUCAAUUACAGUUAAAUCGUUAUCAUUCGGUAAUUCAUUUUUUAAAAAUGAUAUUUUAUAACUGUGGCAACUGUAUUUACUAGUAUUAUUCGGCUUCAGAGUGUGCACGGAUCCAUUGAUCCACUUCUAUAUGAAAAAUUUGCAAACCACUGUGUACCAUAAAUUCGGCUGUGAAUCAUGCAAAGACAAACAGACACAAAAUUUUAUUAAUAUAUAUGAUCAUUUCUCUAAUAAGCAAUAGCAUAAUAAUAUACAGUUCAACUCGUUAUAUUAUAUUAUCCGUGAUAGAUUUAAAAAUUUACCAAAAAAAUAAAAAAUAAAAUUUCUACUUACGAAAUUUUUGCCGGGCAAUUGUCGAAUGUAUGUGUUUUUUUAAAUCGUAAUAAAUUAUAUUGUUCACAGUUUAGUAUAAUAAUUCGAAAUUAUUUAUUGCAGGUCAUAAAGGAUCAGUUGGAAGACCUGGACGAUCAGGUUCGUAGUGUAAUAACACAUUCAAAAAAAUAUGAAAUUGGUAAUAUUGUUUUAUGAUUAGGAGAGGUAGGCAUUCCUGGAUAUAAAGGUGAGAGAGGAGAUUUGUUGAACAAUUAUAUGCAAAAUAAAAAUCAAGGAGAAAAGGGCGAAAUAGGAGAUCCAGGAAGAGAAGGCGAUGCAGGUUUCCCAGGGUAUUUAUAAAUAUUGAUCUUUAAAUAUACCCUUAAGUCGUUAAGUUAUGCGAUUGAAUAUUAUUUGGUACUUCUCAAUUAUAUGUAUAUAUAUUUUAUUUUACAGUUCACAAGGAACUCCUGGCACUAACGGUCGUAUGGGUAGAAGAGGAAUUAAGGUAAAUAUUUCACAUUGAAAAACUAAAUAAAUUAAAUGAACUAGUAUAAUAAUUGUAUCUGCACAAAAAGGGAAUAUCCGGUGAAACGGGAUUACCGGGUAGAGACGGUGUAGAUGGAUUUGAUGGGUUUAGAGGACUAAAAGGAGAACCCGCGGACGAAUUAAAUCCUGAUAACUUGAUUGGAUAUCCUGGGUAUGUCAAAUUAAUUUUCAAUAAAUUAAUGGUAAUCGGUUACUAUAUUAUUAAGCAUUUCCAAACAAAAUAAUUUAACGACAUUUUAUCGUUGUUUCGAUUAAUUAAGAAUUCAAGUUUUUAAUUUUAAAAAAAAAAUAAUGCAAUUUAAUAUUGUGUACCCGUACAUGUUUACAUUAAUAUCUAUUAUAAAGUUAUGCAUUUUUUAAUAGAGAGCGUGGAACCCCAGGCGAGUCAGGAGAAAUGGGCGAUCCGGGAUAUCGAGGUGAACCCGGUGAUACUAACACUCCAGAAGUAUAUAAAGGAAUUAAAGGCAUUAAAGGAAUAACCGGCGAUCCAGGUGGGAUUUAUUAAACACGUCAAACUUAUACAAAGUGUAAAAACAAACGAGCGUCAAAAUAAUUUAAACACUUUGUUUGUUUUCGUUUAAGGUUUCGAUGGAUUCAAAGGAGAAAAAGGAUUAACGGGAGAUAUAGGUACCUGUUUAAAUAAUAAUUACAAUGUAGAUAAAUUUUAAAAUCAUAUUAAAUAACUUAAUGUAAUUUUCAUCCUUAAGGUUUUGUUGGAUUUACUGGUGCUGAGGGACUUCCCGGUAUAGAAAUCCAAGGUCCUCCGGGAAUCAAAGGUAUUUUAGAAAACUAAAAUUUUAAAAUUAAAUAAUUAUACUAAAAAUAUUACAAUAAUUGUGAUAUAUUUGUAAUAAUUGUGUGUAGGAUAUCCGGGUCAAGAGGGCAGUCCAGGAUUAAAAGGAGAACAGGGAAAGCCCGGCGAACGCGGUCCAACAGGAAGACCGGUAUGAUUUUGAAAGUAACCUGUGGGCUAUUACCAAUAUAUCGUUGAUGGCUAGCUGAAAUAAACGGGAAUGAUAAAAUUAAUAUUCAUAGUAAAGAAAAUAAUUAAUUUUUACAGGCAUCGCCCGGUGUGAAAGGAGAUCACGGAGACCCAGGCCUAAGUAUUUUAGAAGGAGAAAUUGGUGAUCCCGGUCCUCAAGGAGAAAAGGGUGAACCUGGAGACAUAGGGUAUGAAUUGCAAAGAAAAAUAAUAAUAAGGAAUACAUAAUGCAACAAGUAAAAGUUGAAAUGAACAAACAAGAAAAUGUUCUUAAUACCUAUUUAGUACUAAUAGUUGUACUUAACUAUUCUUUGAGGAACUAUAUGUUUCAUUAAAUAUAUAUAUUUGUAUGCAUUUUUUUUAAAACAAUUUUAUAGAACUAGGUAAUUAUUUAAAAUUAAAAACUCUACGCGAGUUAGAUAGAUUUUAAAUUCAACACUUAAAAUUACCUCUAUAUUUUUAUUGAGAAAGUUUUAGGACGGUCCAAAAUUAUUUUUAAUUUAACUACAACAAAAAAUCAAAAUCAAAAAUAACGGAAACUUUAAAUUGUGUAAAUUGUCUCGUUUAUCCCAAGGGGUUUUCCCGGUUUUAUUUAAUUAUUUAGAAAACUACUAAGAGUAUCAAAAAAUUACCUCCACGUGAGGUGCUAAGUAGAUAUAAUUGUCUUUUACAAAAUAUACUACACUAGAUGCACGAAGCAAGAUUUCCGGUAGAAAAAUUGUUAAAAGAAAAAAGCUGAAAAACAAUGGCAGUUCACAGGAAAAGAAAGACUGUAAUAGGUUUUUUACUAAUAGGUACCUACAAUUCGUACAUUUCCCAAUUAUUGGGAAAACCCCUGGAAAAAUACAACAUUUACUUCUUUAAAGUACCAUGUACCAGGUGAUCCAUUUGAGUGGGUACACUUAUUAUUUCGGAAAGUAUAAACUUUUUCCGGAAUUUGUUCCCUAGAACAUUUAAGAAACAAAUUAUUGUACAAUUUUAUGUUAUUUUUUGUUACCCUUAAUUUUGGGGGUAAAACCACUACCUUUUCUUUUGAUUUUAGAAUGGCAACCUGUAUUAAAAAUUCCAUCAAUAGAUGGAGUAUUAGUUCAAAUAAAUUUUAGUGUUGAAAUGUUUGAUGCCCGUCGAUCCGUUAACGAGAUAUUCCACUCUUAAGUUUGGGUUGGAGUAUCAUUUGUGUUGCGGUACGGUGCGUAACAUGUUAAUAAUGCACCACUACUUUCCUCCAACCGUAGGUAGGUAGCACCAUUAGACUACCACAAACAUAAAAAAAUUGACAAUAUAGAGUUAUUUAUCAUAACAUAAUAUAAUAUCUGCAUAAUGCCUAUCAGAACUUCAAAAAGCUAUAAUUUUGAAGUCAAUUCGUUCAGUUCUGACUUCACCAUCGGUAAAAUACAUAAUAUAUUCAAAACAAAAAAUUGAAAUAUUAGAUUUGUUCCAUACAAUUGUUUACUCAAAUAAAUUUCGUCAAAAUUCGAUAUUAAAGUGAAUUUAUAAAAAAAAAAAAAAUACUACAUUAAACUCAAUUUUUUUUUUUUUUACUACAAAGUAAGAAUUUUUUUAGUGAACCUUAUGUUAAAUUGUCAAGCAUUUCUGUUAAUUCUAACAAUUUUACCAUACACUAUCUACCGAAUGAAAAUUACGUAAACAACUUGCAAAAUUAAAAUGUCUAUAAAUAACUCAGAAAUGAAUUAAAUACUUCCAAAAUUGUAUCAUAUCUAGAAAAGGCAAAUAUAAGUUUUCUGUCUAAAUUGCUUGUCUCUACGAAUAUUUUUAAUUGAAUUACAACCAAUAACAAAAUUGAAAAAAAUAAUAAAAUCAUUGUUUUCAUAAAUCUCCCGUUUUUCUUACUUUUUAUCCUGGUUUUUCCCAGGUAUAAUGAAAAUCACGAGAAAAUCAAAAAACGAUCUCCCAAUAGUAUCAUCUGGACAAUAUUUCCUUUCAGAAAUGGUGCCGAGCGUUUAUAUCGGAGCAUGAUUUGUGGUGGAUUUUUUGUACAAAAAUGAAAUAAAUAAUCAUUUUUGUAAAACCAAAACAUUCCUCGUUGCUCUCACAAUCUAAAAUGCAUCAUAAUAAAACUAAUAUAAUAUAUUCUGUGUUACGCUAGGAAUCUGAAAACCCAAAUAAUUUAUUUAUAAAUUAAAACUAUGAAAUUAUGUUAUUUGUGUAGGUGGCUCUUGGUAAAUCAAAAUUGUGUUCUACCUAAUCACAUACAUAAUUACUUACGUUAUAAUUUAUUACGGCCGGUACGAAUUUUUAAAUAAGAACAAAAUAUGAAGCAUGUUUUAUAAUAACUCAAGUACUUAGUCGAAAACGACUAACUAUAUUAACUAUUGUAAAACAACACGGAACAAUUUUAAUUUUUACAAUCCAUUUGCAAUCUAAUAACAAUGUUUUCUGAAUUUGUUUACAGACUUAGCGGAAUUGAUGGAUAUCCUGGUGAUGACGGACUACCGGGUCUAAAAGGAUAUAAAGGCAGUCCCGGUUUUACGGGUCCGCAGGGAAAAAAGGUUAUAAAAUAUGUUUUGUAUAAAUUUAAACACGAAUCAAUUAGAAAAUUAUGGAAUUUUCAACAUUAAUAAAUCGUUAUUAAAUAACGUGACAAAAAAAAUUUAAAAAUUUAAAAAUAAUAAUAAUAUUACUUUUGUUCGCUUUAUUGACGUAUUAUAAUCAUUCGUACGUAGAGUUUUAAAAAAUUAAAUACUAUAUUACUAACAGAUAUUAAUAUUUAUUUAAAUAUAUUACUUUAUUAUUGUUCGUUCUUUUCAAAAAUAAAUAAUUUUAGGGACUAGCUGGGGAACGCGGGGUUACAAUAAGAGGUCCAGCUGGAUUACCAGGAGCACCCGGAUUAGUCGGUUUACCGGGUGAAUUUGGUUCACCGGGUCCUAGUGGUAUGUACAAAAUCGAUCAUUUUUUUAUUAUUAUUAUAAUUUAAAUGUCACUGUUUGAAUUUGUGUAGGAAUUGACGGAGAAUCCGGUGGAGAAGGACCUAAAGGCUCGAAAGGAGACCAAGGAUUAGAAGGUAUGUUCAAACGAUCUUAUACACAUUCAAACAUUUUGAAAAACUAUUUAUUUAUAAUAUUAUUGCUUCAUACAUAGUGUUUUUUCGAGAUAUUAUCAUAGGGCUACAUUUUUAAUUCACUCGAGAAGCUCAUUUAUGAUAUUUUUUCUUUCGUUUUAACAAAUUUUUUCGUUUGAAUACGUGCCGAAUACUCGAGUGGUUUACUUUUUAUUAGCGAGAGCUAUUUAUAAUGUUUGUGGUUUAUUUCGUAAUAUAUAUAGUUUUAUGAAAUCGAUACAAAAAUUCAUUAUUGCAAAUGAAAUAUUUUGUUAUUUUUAUAUUUACAGGGCCGAGAGGAGAAGAAGGUAACACUGGACCACCCGGUUUACCGGGAAGAAUAGGUUUGAUGGGAAAAUUAGGUAAGUGAAUUAACACUUUAUAGUAAUAAUAAAAUAAUUUUUAUUUUAUGUUUUCCAAUUUUGUAAGCAAUUUAAUAUUUAUCUCUCAUUCUAUCUAUCUAUUAAUUUAUCUAAAACACAUUAUUAUGAUUUCCUUACUAGUUAUAACACUCAUUAGGUUUUUUUUCUAAUUCAUUUUUAUUAAUAAUACUCGUAAUAUAGGUUUUUUUUUUUUUCUUUAAACACUUCCGUAAUUAAAUAUCAAAAAACUUGUAGAUGUUUUUAUUUUUCUUGAAAAUCAAUUUUUAUUAGCUUUUGCAAUAUUGUUGUUUUUUUAAUUUUCAGGUGAUUUUGGCAAACCCGGUGAUUACGGCGAUGACGGACCUCCGGGUAAAUAAAAAAUAAUAUAACACAUUAAUAUGAAAUCUGUGUUACUUUUUUAUUUUUAUUUUUUUUUUUUUUUGUAUUAUAUGAUAACAUACAUGGUUAUAUUUCAAUUUUUUGUUAUACAUUUUAGGAUCACAAGGACUCCCAGGGAACGUGGGAUCUAUCGGUCCCCUUGGAGACAAAGGAAGUAUGUUUAAACUUAUUAUACGAAAAUAAAAUAAAAAGAGAUUUUGAAAAUGUUGUUUUUUUAUUUCAUUUUGAAUAAAAACAUUAUUGCCGUUAAAAAAUGAAUUUAUUUUUGUUUAGACCGUGGAGAUUUUGGAGGCGUAGGAUAUCCAGGGUUACCGGGAAUUUUGGGCGAUAAGGUAUAAACGUUACAUAAUAAUAUAAUAUGCAUUGGAGAUUAAGCCCCAAAAUCGAAAAAUAAAAUUCAUCGUAUUUGUUUUUUCAUAGGGAAUAACUGGUGAACAAGGUUAUCCUGGACUUCCUGGUGCAAGAGGAGAUUAUUCGUUUAGCGGCCCUCAAGGAGAGACUGGUGCUCCUGGUACACAUGCUUUUUACAUUAUAUACAUAUAUAUAUAUAUUAAGAUAUUAUAAACGAUAUUAACUCACAAUUUUUUUUUUUUUUUUAAUCCGGUCGUUUUGCAGGAAAACUCGGUGAUAUCGGUCCUAUUGGUUAUCCUGGAUUAGACGGUGAAAAGGGUGUGGCCGGAGAAAAUGGAACAAUCGGUUUUGGGGAAGAUGGUGAAAAAGGUACAGUUAUAUUAUUAUACAUUUGUUGAACACCUACCGUUUAUCGAAGUAUAUAAUACGAGAAUUUCACUAGUCAGAGUUGAGACGCAGAUAAGUAAAAUUAAUCUAAAUAAAGAUAACGGACGAUUGUUUCAAAAUCAACUAGAUACAGGGGUAAUGACAAACAAUAUCUGUAAAAAAUACCUGAAAAAUAUUAAAAUUGUUCCAUACAGAAAUGAUAAUAUCUGAUAAGUGGAAUUUAUUUAAAGGAAAUAGAUUUUAUUAUUUUUUUUAAACUUAUUGUCUAUUGUUCACAACAUUAUUGUGUCGGGGAGAUGAACAUUUAAACGGAUAAAAUAAUUCCUUGAAAUGCACUAAUAGUGUAAUUCAAUAGCGUUUUACCACUAACGCAGUAAAAAUAUUUUCUGGAUAAGUCUCAGCACUGACAAUAAUAUAUUAUAAUUAUUAACUCGACGUAGUCAACGGUUUUAUAAAAGGCUACCGAAACGAAAUUUUUGAACAUUAACAUCUAUAAUUUUGAAUUGUUUUGAUGCACACAGGGUCUAAAGGAGAACCUGGAUUCGAUGGUAAACCCGGGCAACCAGGACGAAUGGUAAUAUAUAUAUUAUAUUAUUUUGCGUUGGCCAACAAUAUUGUUAAAAGAUAUUAGUCACACGCAUCGGGUACAGUAGCGUAUUUACGACUUCCUAUUGGGGAUGAUAUCGAAUAAAAACAAUUUGAAAUCGGAGCAGGGAAUCUCUGUCAUUCACUUGUUUGUGUUCCAACAUUUACGUUUAGUCCUCCAAAUAUUGUUUACCGAGGUACUUUACAAUGCUGCGAUAAAUGGUACGGUAACAACACGGUCAAGGUUAUGUAUGGCUCAAUUUAUCGUUACCAUACCAUUUCUUGCAAAAGAGGUUCAACUAACAAUGACAUUUUAUUAUAUAUUUUUUUAAAGGGUAUCUAUCAUUUCAUGAAUCCUCUUGAUUAAAUUUAUCUUUUACCAGAAAUUAUAGAAUUUUUAGGAGGAUGCCAGAGCCAAAUACUUUUUAGGAAAAAGAAAUUCGAAUCAAAAAAAAAAAAAAAAUUCUUUAGGGGAGGUAAUAUACCACCCAUCAUAUUACCGCCUGUGUAAUACACCACUAAUCGAUUAAAAGUACAAUAAAUAUUGUCUCUUGAACAUUUUUAUUCAAAGUUCAUAUUUUUUGUUGAAACACAAUAAUUUAUUACGAAUCGAUAUUAUAAUUUAUAUAAAUGUUCGUGAUUUACGCAAUCCCGUAUAUUACAUUUAUAAAAGUGUAGUAUAAAAUAUAAUAUAAAUAUACCUUAAUGAUGUAUCAUGAUAAAAUUUUUAUUUUUUUUUUUUUUUUUUUUUUUAGGGUUUAAUGGGAGACCUUGGGCAUGUAGGACUAACAGGUAAGACGUUAUUAAUUUAGAUUGAGUAUUUAAGUUUAUAAAAUCUAUUUACCAUCAGUAUGUUUUAAACAAAUUAAAUUACAUUAUUUUAAGACUUUUUAGAAAUGCCUAUCGCUACUUUAACAACCAAACAAUUUUUUUUUCGCCUAUUUAACGUGGACAAUUAAAUAGCCAUUUAUUUUGUUUACAUAAAAAACGCUUGCAAUUGGUUUUCAAUGGUUUUAUCGAUUUUCCUUGCAUUUCAGUUAUUUAUCAAAGAGAUGGGGAACUAUUAUUAUCAAUUAUUAGAAUAUUAUAACUAAAUGCAUUUUCAUCUUAAAGGAAUAUCUUUUUAAUGGAAUUUUAUAAUUUUGGUACAAUAUCGUCGUUAUUUCAUAAUCCAUGUAUUUACAAGUAUGUAUUAUAGAAGCUUUAUAUUUCAUUAAUAUUUUAAAAACAAAUAGGAAUUAUUAUAUAAAUAUUUCUUCAUUCUUCAGAACACAUUUCUGUAUUUUUAAUAUGUAAUUGUUGAUCAUUUAAAACCGAAAACGAAAUGUGUAAAACACUUCGCAACCCUGGACGUAACGUUACCAUACAGUAUUCUUGAGCAUAUGCAUACAUUUUUCAAAUCAAAUUAUAGUCAUUUGCAUUUUUGAACGAUUACCCUACGUGGACACAUAUUACAAUAUUUUGUCCAUGAAUAACAUUUUUAAAUUGUUUUCUAUUAGGUAUUCAUGGAGACAGCGGUCCAAAAGGUUACCCGGGUUCGAAAGGACGAUCGGGAGCAUCAGGUAUUGCAAACCGACAAAGACAUAAAAUAUUGCGAACUUAUUAAUCUAAAAAAAAUAUACUGAUUUGUUUUAUUUUGUUGAAAUUUAGGACCACAAGGACCUCCAGGAAAGACCGGUGAACCCGGUUUAGAUGGUUUGAAAGGUGAUCGCGGAGACGACGGUAUUCCGGGUGAAAUCGCUACACCAGGUAUAGUAUUAUUAUUAACAUAAUUGUUACAAUACAUUUUGUGCAAUGCGCUUAAACCGUAAACUUUUACGUAAAAUUCGAUAAUAUAUUGUCCGUAUUAUAUCGCUGAAAAUUCAUAAUAUUUAAAAUGUUACAAUGAUCACGGAAUCCAUUGAAAUAAACUAGAUUUUUCGAAAAUACAUUGAGAACCGAAAAUUCUAUUAUUUUUUUUUCUUUUUACAUACGAAAUCUAUAAGAAUAAUGAUUUUUUUAACUAACGAAUUGAACAAACAAUUAAUAUUAAACUUUAAAUAGCCUACAUCUACUUCAUACUUCGGGUAUGCCAUAUUAUCACUAUAAUAGAUUGGAAAAGUUGGCAAAGUAAGAUACGUAUUAGGUAACUUUAUUUUUUUUUACACUACAAUAAAUACUAUUAUUACUACCCUAUGAACAAUAAUUCUGAAAAAAGUUCGAAAAAAUAUAUUUUGAUAAACUUAAAUUAAAAAAUGAUUUUUAACAAUAAAGUAUAUUAAAAUAAUUGUCCGUGUUUAUUUCAUUUCGGAUUUUCGAACAUUUUUACGUAGCCAAAAAUAUUAUAACCAUAUAAAGUCAAAUAUUUAAACUUAGAAACCUUUCACAUUUCAAAUAGGUACUUAUAAACAAAUCACCGAACACCAGAAUUUUUCGAAAAUUGAACAACAUCUGGCAAGUGGUGAUAUAGAUUUUGUUAAGCGGCGCUCUUUGGAUUUUAAAGAUUUGCGUUCAUUUAACUCCUUUAUUGUUCUUUAGUUAGAUCCAUUUUAAAAUAAGGAUCGCCUUUUUGUAGUCCGUAUUCAAAAUUAGUCGUUCAUUUCAUUGAGUGCGUCCAAAACUCUUUCUUGAGAGUUAUCGCUUUUAAAUUCAAUAUAAAUAUUAAUAACCAUGAGUAUACGCAAGUCAAGUCCUUUUUAGAUAUUCCAACUUUUGCUUCUGGACGUGAUUUAUUUUUCACGUUUAUUAUUCUCAUUUAUUUAUAUUUAUUUUAUUCUGGACGGGAUAUUUCUUUGUUUAUAAAUUAGUCAAUGGUAAAAUUGAUGCUCCAGAUUUAUUAAGUAGUAUUCAUUUUAACGUUCCAGCUUACAAUAACCGUUCAACCUCUCUGUUUUAUGUACCAAUAUACAGUACAAACUAUUUGAAAUACUCCCCUAUUCCGAAGGCGAUGGCUUUAUGUAAUUAACUUUCAACAAAUGCGGAUUUUUUUCUUUACCUGUACCUAAAUAUUGAUUUGUGAUACUGAGUAAUACAAAACGUCUCUUUAUUUUAAUUUAGUUUAUUAUCUCUUAAUAUAUAAUUUCUAAAUGUUCUUUGUACUAUUAGGCUUUUAAUCCCGUUUUAUUCUUCUUUUGAAUAAAUUAUUAUUAUCACAUUAUACGUAUUCGGUAAAUAUGUCUGGUCUCAUAGUCUUCAAUUAUUGAUUUUAAAAUGCAUGUGUAAAAACAACAGCCUUAUCGUAAAUAUUAUUUAAAUGUUCAUUUUUUUUUUUUUUUUAACAGGAUUGCCAGGAGAUCUGGGACCCAGUGGUCAAUACGGCCCAUCGGGACCCAAAGGACCCAAAGGUAAUUUCGUUUUAUUUAUGAUUCAUAUAUUUAAAAAUUUUAAUAUAAUUUAUAAUUAUUGAAUUUAUGCGAAUAUAAACUCAAUGUAUUGGUCUGUCUAAAUAAAAAUGUUAACAUUAUCGGUUAAUUAUAUUUAUUUUUCGUUCAUUAUAUCAUAGAUAAUAAUAUAAUUAUUUGUUUAUUCUUUAUAUUUUUAAGGGGCGAUUGGAGACCCAGGGUACGAAGGAUUUAUAAUCGGAACAAGUGGAGAAGAGGGAGAAAGAGGUAAUAUAAUAAUUACCUGUUAAAAUAUAAAUUUCAAAAAUGUUUUUUUUUAAAAAAAAAUAAAUAAUUUAGGUUAUACUCCGCCAAGAGGUUAUCCGGGUGAAUCCGGACAACCGGGAUUAGAAGGAGCCAACGGAGCUAAAGUAAGAUAACAAUGUUAUUAUAAAAUAUUGUAUUCAUUUCAAUAUGAGUACUUGAUUUUCGCUGUGUGAUUAUAGAUUUUUGUAUUUAUAAAAAACAGUUUUAAUAUUUUUGUAAUUUUAUUUUAUCAUUUUUUUUUUUUUCGUUAAUUGCAAAACAACAAUGAAAAAAAAAAUAUCUUCCAAUUAAACAUAAUUCUAUAUUUUGCGCGUGUCUUUGUAAAAUUUAGUGUAAUAUUAUAAUGAUUAUGACGACCAUAAAAUAUCAAUUAUUUGUUCGUUUGUUCUAAUAAUGUGAUAAUAAUCAUCGUGCAAUAAUAUUCAAUUGAUAUUAAAUAUUUUCUGAUUAAAUAUUUUACGUUCAAAAUUAACAGGGUGAAAAAGGAUUGCCGGGAUUCAAUGGUCUUACCGGAUUUCCUGGUGAACCCGGAUUGAAAGGUUUUGAAGGUGAAGUUGGUCUGCAAGGUUUGCCAGGUAUGUACUAAAUCCGUGCACAAAUUUAAUAGUUUUUCUUCUUAUUUAUAAGAAUAGCUUUUAGUAACUUUUAGUCAAAUAUGAAUAAAUUCUUGAUUGAAAUUAAUGAAAAAUUAUAACAGACAUUUGUUCAACGUUGGUGUUUCCGUAUUGAUUAUCAUAAUAUUCGUAUAUUAUUAUAGAUAUUCAAAAAAAAAAAAUAGAACACAAUUUAAAAAUAAUUACCAAUAUCUCUAAAACCUAAUAGUAUUCCAUUAUGACGUGUUUGUUGCAAUAAAUACAUUUUUUUUUUUUUUAUACAAUUUUUUCGUAGGUUUUCCGGGUUUUAAUGCAGAACAUGGAGAUAGGGGAAAGAGUGGAACAGACGGUGUUAGCGGAUUGUAAGUUACAUGAAAUUAUCAUAAUCGAGCCAAAUUAUUUGUAAUUAUUUUUAAAUUAUUCUUAUUUUUUUAGGCCAGGAAUUGCAGGACAAAAAGGUGCACCUGGACCUUUCGGUGAUAGCGGGGUUUGUAUAUUUAUAUACUAUUAUUACAAAUUAUUGUCAGAAAUACAACAUUAUAGGGUAUUAGUGAUGGUUUUCGAAAUGUUUUUCAAUAUUUUAAAAUUUUGUUUUUGUAUUUUAAUUUCAACCUUAAUAUGAUAAAACUUUUUUAAAAAUCUACUAUGCAAUACUAAUUAAAGGGAAAUGCAAUGGGACUUUUUCAUGAGCAUCACUGACUUGACACAAAAGACAUUCUCCCCCGUUCUUUUCUAAUCUAGCUAAAAAAAUUAGUUAGAUAUAUGAAUAUAUUAGAAGGCCUAACAUAAGGCCAAUCAAAGAUAGGCUUGCUAGCGUAUGUAGAUGACAUUUUGACAACAUGGAGAUAGUGAAAGUACACUGUAAGAAACUAAUGAAGGCUGUGUGUUAAGCCGUGAUAUAAUAAUAAAUUACAAAAAAAAAACAGAAUAUAUGGAACUUGUCAGAGGGAUUAGAAUAGGGGAUAUGGUAUAGAAUAUACUAAAGAAAUAUCUUUUACAGCGUGCUAAAAUUUAAGUACUUAAGAGUUCUUUUAACUAAACACAAUGAGUUAAAAACUGAAAUUUUUAGAAAAAUACAAUACAAUGUAUUGGCAAACUAGUGUUAUUUUGGAGUUGGAACUUUCCUAAAAUCCAGAUCGAUUUUUGUAAACAUCCAAAUUAAAAUAUAUAUGACGUUAAUACAUAUCAUUUUUUAUUACUCGGAAACACAGACAUUAAGAAAGACAGUUAAUAAUAUUAAACAUUUUUGAAAUAAAAGUACUAAGAUGAAUCAAUAACCAAUUUUUUGACCUAAGUAUGGAGUAAGUAAGAACGAAGUAUACGGAACAACGAGGAGUUUCAACACAUGUUUCAAAGACCGUGAAAAGGGUUCAAAGGAAUCUCAAAAAGAGGGUCCUCAAAGGUCUGUUAAGAAAAAGACCGUCUUAGAUAAGAGGACUGUAUGAAAAUAGACGUUAAAGCAGUAGAUCCAAAAACCAACUGGAGGGAAAUAGCUAAGAACAGAGAGAGGUGGAGGAAAAUUUGUUGUACGAAAAGAUUUUAAAAACCAAACUCACAGAAAAAAGUUCCAAUCAACUCGAUAAUAAUAUUGUUAAAAUGAUGUAUUCGCAUAUAAGUUUUUUAUUUUUUUUUUUUAUUAGGUGCCUCGAUAAAAAAAAUUGUAGUGUUGAAUAUCAGCGUAUUGUCUCAUUUUAAUUUCGAAUCUGACUUGUUAAUUCAUAAUUUUUUUAUUUUUCAGGUUCAAGGGGAUGAAGGACCCGCCGGGUUUAGUCCAAAGGGAAUCAAAGGAAAAUCGGGUCCAAGAGGUUUGAUUUUUUUUAUUCCGUAAAGUUAAUAAUUAAAGAAGUAUACCUGUCUAUUUUCGUCAAUAUUUUAAACGUUUCAAAGAAACCGAAUGACUCGAAAUUUUUUUUUACAUUGUGCCCCAUGGAGAUAUAACCAUCUCCUAUGAAAAUAAAAAUAAUUAAAUUCUGUAUUUUUUUUGUAUACAUACUACCUGUUACUCACAUAGAUAAGAUUUACAAAUUUUCAUACUUAUAAUAAAUUUUUAUAUUUUGGUAAAAAAUUUUAAAGAAACUUUAUAUUCUAUUAUUUUCAAAAAAUUUAAAGGGAGAUAUUUUAUACAGUUUACCAUUCUGAAAAGUGUGAAGUGCCAAUGUGUCAAUGUGACUUAUUUUCAUUUAAUUCGUGAUUUUUAUAAUUGUUUAGAGUUUCAUUAUUAUUUCGAUCAUGUAACCUACCAAUGAUUAUAAAAUGUCCAUUUUCAAAUUUGCCGAAAAUAAUAAAAUAAAAAGUUGUUUUUUUAAUUUGUAUGGUCUAUAUCUUUGUGAGCAAUAUUUGCGUAAAAUUAUCUUUACGUAUUAUAUCAGAAAAUAUUUCCAAUGGGUAUAUCUUUGUGAGAUUGUCUGAAUAAAUUUGCACGUACAAUUUAUUGAAUAUUAAAAUAAUCAACAUGAAACUAACAAUUUAAUGUUCAGUCGAUUUUGAUUGAUUCUAAAUUCUAAUUUCAGUGAUACCUUGCUCUGCGUAGAAUAUUAUUAAUACGAAAAAUUACACUGAAAUUAAACGCAAUGUUUUAAACCACGAAAGUUUUGAUCUAAACGAACACGAACGCUUGUAUAUAGUACUUAAAAGAGUGACCGUAGGUUUGCGAAUAGCGAUGCAUUAGACGUAUACCCCUUAUUAGAAAAGUCAAUAGUUCAACUAAAGUUAACUUUAGAUUCGGAGUGUAUCGAGGAAUGUACUGGUUUUACUAUGAUGUGUGUUAUUUAUUUUUUUUUUUCUGUCUGUGAAUAAGUUUUCUGCCAGAAAUUUUGCUCUGAAAAUAUAUCAGGUGCAGCACCAUUUCUGAAAUAUAAUUGUAUCGAGUUAGUACAUUGGAGAAGACAUCUUUUGAUUUUCUAAAAGGUUAAAAGGGAAUAUAAUAAAAAAGAUGGACAUACUUCGCACGAUGAGUGGCCACUGUUGUAGGCAAAACGUUGGGAAGGUAGGAUAUAGAGAGGAAUUUAAUGUAUUUUUGUAUGAUUGACUAAUAAUUGCUAACAAAAACGAUUCUGAAUACAAUUUGGUUAUGUAUGCAUGAUUUAAAAGACCAUAAUAUUAUUUACAAUUAUUAUCAAAAUUUGAUAUUCAAAUUCAUAUACAAAUAGUAUACUACAUUAAACUCAACUUUUUCUUGUUGAUCACUAAGUACACCUUAUAAUGAAUCUCCUGUUAAAUUUUCAAACAUUUCUGUUUAGUCUAACAAUUUUAUCCACAGAGUACCAACUAGAUAAAAAUAUUACGUAAAAAAACUAGCAAAAUUUAAAUUUCUAUAAAUAGCUCAAAAAUAGCCCAAGUUUUUUGAUCAUUUUACCGUGUCUAGAAAAACAAAUAUAAGUUUUUAUCAAAGUUUUAGAUGUCAACGAAUAUUUAACUGAAUUAUAACAAAAAAACAAAAUUGAAAAUAAUAAAAGCAUAAUUUUCGUACAUUUCCUUGUUUUUUUUUUCUAUAUUUUUCCGGUUUUUCCUAGUUAUCAUAAAAACUGCUUGGAUAAUCAAAAAUGAUAUUUCUUUUUUUCCAACUAUAUUAAAAAUUCAACAUAAAUGGUUUCUUGUCGGCUUUUUAUCGGAGCUAUAUUUCUGGUAGAAAACAUAUCAGUGUAAAACUUUAAAAUAAUUAAAUUAUACCGACUGUAAAUUUUUCAUUUUAUAUUGAGUAUAUUCGUCUUUUUAGGGUUUUCCCAAAAAAUAUAAAAACAUCUCAGAAAAUUAAAAAAUAACUAUCUCCUUGAGUAACUAGAAUUGCAUUAAAAAGAGGUCAAAAAAGGUCACUUGUCAUUUUUUGAUUGAAGCAAGAUUUGUAGAAUAAAACAUCAUAAGUUACAAAAAUAAAAAACAUGAAAUCGUUACGUCAUAACUUGAAAAAAAAAAACUUUUUUUUUAAUAGUUGUUAGUUUGAGAAAUUAUUACUUUCUCUGUAAGUGGCUAUACAUUAAAAGGAACAAAAUUGAUAUGUUUUUUGAAUUGGAGCAAUAUUUCAAGUAAAAAAUUUAGUUUGUGAAGAUUAUAAAAUAUUUAAACCGGGAGGCGUAAAUAUUUGCCGUUCUACCUAUUUCAGGUUUUUCCCAAUUAUUUUGAAAACCAUUUAGAAAAUCUAGAAUAAACGUCCACCCCGUUGCACCAAUUAGAGAAAAUUUCCUUUCAAAAAUGGUGCUACACUUGAUAUUUCAGAGCAAGAUUUCUGGUAGAAAACUUGUUGAUAGGCAAAAAAAAAUUAAUAAAUUAAAAACACAGAUCAUAGUUAUACCAAUAAAUCCCUUUUUACGCUUCAUAUCUAAAAAAAUUAAACAUCAUUGUAAAACCAAUACAUUCCUUUGCUCAGAAUCUAAAAUAGACAUUAAAUAAUAUUGUUAUAUUGGUGUUUUUCUAGCGAUCCAGAAUAUUAUAAUCAUAAUACAAGCACGUUUAUUAUUGUUAUUUUCUCGUAUACAGGUAUAUCCAUCCAAGGCGAUCCCGGUAUAGACGGUUUACUUGGAUUUAAUGGAAAACCUGGUAGAAUUGGCCAGAAGGGUUUGAAAGGUGAACCGGGCCUCGCACAAUACGGGUACCUAUCUAUAAUAAAUUCAAUAUUGUUAUUUGUUUUUCAAAACGUAUCUACAAUUAGAAUUAUUUUAAAUUAACACGAUAUUUAUUUUAAUUGUUUGUUUUCGUGUAGCGUAAAAGGGGACACGGGUGAUGUGGGCUUUGAUGGUUUCGAAGGAUUACCCGGCGAAAAGGGUGCCAUCGGAGAAAUUGGAUUCGAAGGACUUCCGGGUAUGCGUAUUGACAUUGUUAUUGCCGAUUAUUUCUAAUUUUAUUAUAAUAAAUAUACGACAUAUUUAAGUAAAAAAGGAAGAAAUUAUAUUUAUACAUAUCUGUAUACUUUUGUUUUUGUUAUUGCAUGUUCAAGGUGCUCCCGGUUUAAAUGGUGUGCCAGGUAUGCCCGGAAACCCUGGGCCUCCUGGAUUUACAGGAUUUUCCGGUCCAAAAGUAAGUAUAAUUUGUUGAAUAUCCAUGAAAUAUAAUAUUAAACUGAGUUAUAUUACAUAAUAUGUAAACACGUAAUAUCGGUUAAUUCCGUCACUUUUUAAAUUGUUAUUAUAAUCAAAUAGAACUUUUCACGAAAUAUUUUCUCCGUAAAUUGAUAAAUAUUAUUAGUGUUGAAUAAAAAGUUUUGAAUGUGUGUUUUUUUUAGGGUUUAAAGGGAGCAUCAGGGGAACCAGGUUAUUGGAUUGAUCAAAUAAAAGGAUCGAUGGGUGAUAGAGGAUACCCAGGACCACAGGGUGAGUCCAAUUAAAAUUAAUUACGGUUUUUAAAAAGCAAACAUUUACACUUGAAUUUGGAUACCUGUUGUAUAAAAAUCUAAACAAAUAUUUACAAUAAUAUAGGAUUGCCUGGACCACCUGGACCGGAUGGAUUCCGUGGACUCGAUGGUCUUCAGGGAGAACGUGGAGAAGAUGGCUUCCCAGGCCUACGUGGAAGAACAGGUAAAUUCAUCGUCCUUCUUAUUAUUCUUGUUACAUAUACUUAACUGUCAAUUAAUGAUUUUUUAGGUCCACAAGGUUUCAAAGGAAAAUCUGGAACAUUAGGAUAUCCAGGAAGACCUGGUCAGGAAGGAUAUCCCGGUAUAAUUAUUUCACAGUAUUUUUUUUUUUUUUAUAAAAAUUCUAUGUUUAUAAAUAUGAUAACGGUUAUCAAACUAUUAUGUUACGAAUAAGGUCCACCUGGAGCACCAGGUAUUCCUGCUCCAGUAGGAAAACCACCACCAAAUCGUGGUAAUUUCUUUACGUAUCAUUCUCAAACUGACAUUGUACCCACUUGUCCAAAGAACACCGUACAACUUUGGUCUGGAUAUUCGUUAUUGCACUUUAUGGGCAACGCCAAGGCACACGGACAAGAUUUAGGUACAUGAAUAUAUUAUCAUCAUAUAAUUUUCCACUAGUCGAUUAUAAAAUAAAAUAUUGACUUUUGUAAUUUUAAGGUACACCGGGAAGUUGUUUGCAAAGAUUCAACACCAUACCGUUCAUGUUCUGUGACCUGAACGAAGUGUGCAACUACGCGAGUAGAAACGAUUACAGUUAUUGGCUGAGCACUCCUGAACCUAUGCCAAUUAUGAUGACACCAAUCCUGGGUUCGGAUAUUUCAAGAUACAUAUCGAGGUGAGUAUAUUAUUAUUUUUGUAAAACCUGUAUAAAACGUAAUCAUUUAUUACAUUAUUAUAUUAUUACGUUUCAAAGAUGUUCUGUUUGCGAAGCUCCAACGAGAGUAAUUGCUGUGCACAGUCAAUCCGUAGCGAUACCCGAUUGUCCGACAGGUUGGAGCGAAUUGUGGAUUGGAUACAGUUUCAUAAUGGUAAUUUAAAUAUAUAUAUAUAUAUAAAUAUUUUUAUACAUUUUCGAGUAAUAAAAUAAACGAUACAAACCGGUGACAAAGUAUAUUUAAAUUUAAUUGGAAAAUAUAUAAAUAAAAAACAAUUUUACAAUCGUUUAAUAUGUCCGUUUAAAACGUCCACUACUCCGAUGUAUCUAAUAAUUGUAUUUACUCGAUUCGUGAUAUAUUAUUUUGACGCGAUAAAAUUCAAAAGAGAAACCUAUUCGGGAAUUGUUCACCCAUGUUAAAUCCCGUACACUAGCCGUUUCCAAUUCCAUACGUAAUUCGAUAACUAUUAUAAUAUUUAGUAUACUAUGCGAAUCAAGCGCGGUCGGUGUACAAAUUACUAUAGAUAAUAUUAAUCGGGAAAGUAGAGCACAUUUUGUCGCGAACCUGUUUCUGCUCCUUCUCCGACUUUUAUUCGAACGAACUAUUCAUGUCUGUGGCCGCCUCUGCUACCCCAUUCCACUGAUACUAUUUAUUGCCAUGCCGAUGUUGACUGUGGAAUUUAUUUUUGACAAAUAUCUUUUCAUCGUGCCGGUCCAUCUUUGGUGCGAUCUCUCAAUAGAUCGAUUUCCAUUAGGCUUUUCAAUCACAACUAUCCUCGAUGCCUAAAGGCUGUUUUUCUUCCCGCGCCUUUCGAUAGCAUUUGCUUAUUCUGAUUCAAAUUGCAGACUGUAAAUAAAUUCGUACGUGUUUUUAUAAUGAAAUAAAAACGUUCAUAAUGAGGCAUCCUUCUACUCUGCCGUGCACGAUCCGCUCAUUAUAAUAUUGUACUAUUUGAAAACUAGCAAAUAUUUAGAAUGCUACCUAUUGAAUCUUUGUCUUUUCCUUUAUUUUUUCUAUCGAACGGUCCUGAAACCACAUUGAACAUUGGUGCAUAGAAUUUUUCUUCCGAAGUUUCGAAGAAUAUAAUUGAUAUUGUAAAAUACUUGCGUAGAAAAUUGGACAUGAAUUAUAUACUUAUUUUUGAUUUUGACUUUCUAGCACACUGAUUCCGGUGCUCAGGGCGGCGGUCAAUCGUUAAUUAGUCCAGGAUCAUGUCUGGAGGACUUCAGACCGAGACCGUUUAUUGAAUGUCACGGAUUAGGACGUUGUAACUUCUUCACCACGGCGUAUUCGUAUUGGUUGUCGACCAUCGAGGACCGAGACAUGUUCAGAAAACCACGACCACAGACGCUCAAAGAGAACUCGCUGAAAACGCGCAUCAGCCGGUGCGCGGUGUGCUUGAGAAAUCGGCCCGGGCAAUAUUGA